GGCCGUUGCGCGCGUAUCGUACCCCGUCCGCGUCCGUCACGAUGCGGCUGCAAGCGGUUUUAACGGCGGCGGCCACCGCGCUCUGGUGUUUGCGGUGCUCCGCGUGGAACGUGACCAGACUGUACGGCAUCGGGCCGGCCGGGCCGCCGGUCCGUCUGACGGACGUGGCCGUGUGGCGGAACAGGGCGUACGCGUGUUGGCCCAGGCUGGACGCGUCGCAGCCGGUCACGCUGUUGGAACUGCCGUGGCCCGAAACGACCGACCAGCAGCUCCGCGCGCCGCCGGGGUUCGGGUCCGCCUGGAAGCCCCGCGGGCCGUUUCGCGCCGACCAACAAGUGAGUGACCUACAACCCUGUAACGUAUUAAUGUGUACUAUGCGGUCGGACGUGUUAUAAUAUUAUGCACAGCCGAACCGGGCGUUUGAAAAACCGCCUAGUAAUAUCGAUCGGCAGUAUUGCGCGGAAAAAAAUCGAAAACCGCACUUGAACAAACUACUCUCGGUCAGCGAUGUUCAGCCACGGAUACUAAAAAUGUAUCUAGAUAAAUAUGAAAUACCACACACCUAUGUGGCCGGUUUUAAAGACGAACAGAACAAAUGUUGUCUAGAUAUACUCGAUGAAAGAUAACCUCGAUUUAUCCGGAUGAAAAUCGCGUACGUUUUUCGGUAAAGCAAUCGAUUAGAUAAAUUGUUUAAAUCGUAUAAGACGUUAAAAAUCUAUAAAUUGUUUAACUAAUGCGCGAUAAACUAAUGUCUGGAAUAAAGAUCAAUUUACUUACUAAUAUAAAACGAUGUGUUCGAUUCUGAGCGGAACAAGGGGUUUCGGAGGAUCACAGCUAGUAGAAAAAAUCCCCCGAACCCGAUCCCGGAAUCGAUAAUUCAGUUACAAGUAACGUCGUUUUUUUUUUUUUUUCAAAAUUUUACCAUUAAGUUUUCAACUCGUAUUGUGCCGAGUCUAGAAAAAAGUAUAUUUGCACAAAACAAUUUGUCAAGAUAAGCGGCAUUUGUAUGUAAGAUUAUAGAGAAUUUGAUUUUUCGAAAAUUCGGCGAUAUUUCCCUAGAUAACAUAACGGCUGAUUAAAAACGUAUCCGGUUCACUCUGAACACAUGCGCUCUCUGUUGUCGGACCGGCGACCCGCAUUCCGAAAAAAUUCCGUUUUGCCGUUGUAAAAUGCUUGUGAUUUUUUUUUUUUUCGUUACGUAAUCGUAGUCUACGACUAUCGGGAUAAAAAAAAAAAAAAAGUAUUUCGGGCCGCGACCCGUCGUAAGGUUGGGAAACCUUUAUGGUCGUGUUAUAAUAUACUACGCGGUCGUGAUGUUCAGAGUUACAAUAAUAUAACAAUAUUUUGUCGUGCGAGACAGCAUUCGGCGGCCAUCUAUGCAUCACGGGAUAACGUUCCCGGCGUAAUCGUUUUUCUCUCUCUCUUUUUGUACAUCACUUGUCGUCCGUUUCGGUAAAUUAGAUACAUAAUAGCCCUGUAAUUCUCGCCGAUGAUCCAGUUACAUAAAUAAUGUUGCGGCACUCGGAAUUCCUGUAUACAAUAUAGACAUGUAUUCGUGAUGAUUAUUUUCGGACGACGUUUCCCCUCACACCGCUCCCCUCCAAGGCGUAUAUUCACGCCGUAUAGAGCUGCUCAACAGUCGCGUUUCUCAAUCGCAUUUAAUACCUAUGGGGCUCAUCGACUGUACGACGUCAUUAUGUUCGAUUGUAAACGACAGUCGUUGUUUUUUCCUGUACGAAUGAUAAGAAAACAACACCACACAAUGUAUACACGCACAAUAAGCCGCGGUUACCGAUUGCCGAAUCGAUUCCCGCGGGCAGGCAAACAAACGGAACAGUCGGUAAAACUGUAAUGAUUUUAACAAUGAAAACAGAAUUUACAAACGAUUUGCUUCCCGUUUUACACGGAUUCGGGACUGUCUAUACAGAAAACCCACUAGAAAUCGCCGUACGUUACGUCGUCGGCGCAGUCGUCGAACGAAAUACCCAAAAAGCCAUAGGCGAAAACCCUAUAGGGUUUGGCGUUGGCGGAUUUUAAUUUCGAAAACGGAUUUCGAUUGAUUAACAAGAUUUACAUUUGGUUUUGGCGAGAACGGGAACGAUCCCGUGUAUUUUCCCGCGGUAAAUUGCACAUGUUAAAACUAUUACGUUCCGAAAAUAAUCCGAACAGUAACCAUUUUUUUUUUCAACCCGGCAACCGAUAAUUCCGCCGUUUCCGAAACGUUUACACACGCUGUCCGUCCGUCGUGUUAUCGAAAAGUCGCGUCUAAAAUUCCGACUUUUUCGAUAAACGGAUUGCGAGCGUUUUUUUUUUUUCUUUUCUCCGUAACUGCCAAAAUGUAUUUAUAUUUCGAUCGAUAUUUAAUAAAAAUCGCACACUCGUCGCUGAUUGGUUAACUACGCGAGGUAGGUAACGUACAAAAUGCUCUCUCUCUCUCUCUCUAUAUAUAUAUAUACACUCGUAUAUACAGCGCGAAUCCCCCUUUAGUCCGUAUUAUUAUAUCAGUCGAUUUCCUUUGUGUGUUUUUUUUUUUUUUUUUUUUUAUGGAACCUAUUUUCAUUUCUUCUUCCGAAAUCGUAUUACUGUAUACACACGACGACGCAGUAAAUCCGGCGGACCGUAUUGACUGCAUGCAGGUCAAACAAAAUAAUACCGUACACAUACACACACACACACACACACACACACACACAUAUAUAUAUAUAUAACAUUCAAUUGGUAUUAAUACCCGUUUCGGCCGCGUGUCGUGAACUUUUGAUCCGAGGCAUUAUAUACGUGUCUAUACCGCCGCGGUAUAUUUUCUCCUGCGCAGUUGUUAAUAAAACGACAUUAUAUGUGUGUGUGUGUAUAAUACCUAUAUGUAAUAUUAUUUUCUACGAUCGUCUCUUCUCCGGGGCCCUGGCUCUACGGUACGCCGAGUUUUUUUUUUUUUUUUUCAUAUAUAUACGCGACGGCUACGACGAUCACGCCGUCGCCGCUAUUUAGCCGCACGACGAAAUUAUUAUUAUUAUUAUUAUUAUUAUUAUUAUUCUAUACGUACUACGCGUUUUGUAUACGUAGUGACUCAUAUGCAUACGAGUAUUACGUCGUCGGGCACGAUGACUAUCCGCCGCCGGCAUGAUCAUAUUAUUUCAUAAAAAAAAAAAAAAAAAAAAAAAAAAAAAAUUAAANUUCAAAAAAAAAAAAAAAAAAAAACAAAAAACAAAUUAAAACGUAAUUACAUUGAUAUGGUCGGGCUAAUUUCCAAAACGCGUACAUGGAUAGUGACAAGAAAAAAAAAAAAUGGACACGUAUCUAUAUCAGUAUUUAUACUCGGUCUCCUUUCCGCGCUAUCCCUCUCCAACAGUCGUCCUAUUGUGCUACCUCUUUCUCUCUCUCUCUCUCUCUCUCUCUCUCUCUCUCUCUCUCUCUCUCCCCCUCUCUCUCUCCAAUAGUCUGGGGUUAAAAAAACUACAAUUACUCAUUCGUUUCUUUAUUGUCUAUGACCGAUUGCCCGACUCCAUAAUGACAACCGAUCGGAACAAAAACCGUUUUCGACGCUCGAUCCCGAAAUAUGAUAAUGUAUAAUAUAUUAGGCUGUUUUAAUUUUUAACCUUUUUUUUUUUUCGAAUUAAUACUGAAAAUAACUUCAUUGUUGUCUCAAACUUACCCCAAAAUCUUUUGUAUAAAAUCUAUACUAAUUCCCGGAUUUUUUUUUUUUUUUAUUUUCAAUUCAUUAUAGUCUAUGCAGCUGAUCUAUAACCAAGGACCGAUAGCAAGGUCUUUUCAUAACUUACAAAGUUAACCUUAUUUGCACAUGUUUGUUCAAAAAGUAGCUGAGUUAUACAACUUUAUAAUAUGAAUACAAAAGUUAUAAAACUUAAAUUGUAUAGAUUUAUACAAAUGAGCUAUUCUUAUAACAGUAAAAUUUCACUUGAUUCUGAGUGAAUCAUAUAUAUAUAUAUAUAUGUUUGUGAUCAUUAAGAUACAAUUAUGUAUAAUCACAUAACUAUCGAACUCAAUGAGUAAAUUUGAUUUGAUUGGAAGUAUACUUUCCGUUACUUUCCUAUGUUGUUUAAAUGGAAAAACUAAAUAAUAUGACCAAGUUCUAAUCAUUUUUUUUUUUUUUUUUUGUACUCAAAUUUUCUUUGGGUUAGUUUGAGACUACAAGGAAGCAAUUUCCAGUUUUAAUUCGGAAAAAAAAUAAGUUGAAAAUCAAAACAAUCUAAUAUUUUAUACGGAGAAAUUUUUUUUUCAACAUGACGAUUUCGUUGUAAUUUCGUGACUAUGCGUCAGGGUAUAAUAUAUUAUAAUCUCAGAAGUAUAUCGGUCUUCGUUCAGAAUUGUUUUUUGGUUGUAAUCAUUAAUCGUCACUUUCAGUAUGUAAGCGAAACGAACCGAUAUCGUCUCUACGCGUUUCAAACUACAACUACACAGUAGCUUAACCCCACGGUGUGAAAUGCGCAUAGUUUUGACUGCGAUAACGGUUAAAGAAAACGUUUUGUACAGACAAAAAUCGUAAAGUCGUAUCGUUUUAAUAGUUUAAAGGUCACGGGAUAGGAAAAAAAGUAACAGCCAAUUCUCUCGAUUUUAAAAUAACCGUAUACCUUCCGUCCAAGGGUUCGUUUGACACUAAUAUCGAAUGUUGAGUUCCGUUCGGCGAAAAAAGGUUUCAGUCGGAUAAUAUUGAAGGUGAAAUAUCGGACGGGUCGGUUAAAAAAAAAAAAUGCGCUGUGACAGUCCGCGUGUACAGCUGCAUAGAACUUUUGCUCUGCUGAACAAUUUUCGAAAUUGGCCUCACCGCCUACUCUUUCACCUUUCUUCCCCAGCGUCUUUCAUUUUUUUAUGCUAUUUUUUUUUAUUUUCGCGCGCGUUUCUUUUGAAAAUAUCUCGCGCGAAAAUUCGUCGACUAUAACUUUUACCGGAAAGGCGGGAAAAAAAAAAAAAAAAAACCUAACGCAAUAUAUUUACGCGCGCGUCUUCUCCCGCGGCCGGUUCUCGGCGACGACGGCGCGCCCGUAAAGGGGAAAAACUCAUUAAAAAGUUACGAAAUUAGUUUGGAAAAACGAUUUUUGCGCGGGCCGAUUGUUUGCGCGCCUGCACAGUGUAAUGUUAUACACGUAUACGCUUAAUAUCGUUAUUUUUUCAUUACGAAUAUAAUAUCGUUAUUAGCCGUCGUUUGAUAUUGUAAUACGCUGCACGGCUUUUAAACGCGUUAAAUCCGCGGAAUAUUAUAUGGAAACGUGCUCUCACCGUCUCCCUCUCUCUAUCUCUCUCUCUCUCUCUCCCCCUCUCUCUCUCUCUCUAUAUAUAUAUAUAUAUAUGUGUAUAAUAUUAUAAUAAUAAUACAGCGCCGUUAUAAUAAUAUUGUAAUAUUUAUAAUAUACAGUAUACACUUAAAACACCGCGCGGUAAGUAUACAUCCUGCGUAUAAUAUUGUAUAUAUCUGAUGCUCUGCGGGUUCCCCUGUACAUGUAUAAGGAGCGAUGCACGACCGUAAUAAAUUCGCAAAGUAAAAAAAAAAACCACCAUGAAUACAAGAGUGUAUUGCUGCGCUGCGGUAAAGUAUGUACGUAUAUACGUAUUAUUAUAUGGGUACGCGGGAACGGGUAGGAUAUGGACGCCACGAAGACGACGAGAGAGACGACGAGAGAGGAGUGGGAGGAGGAGAAGGAGGAGGUAAAUCUGACGUCUCGGGGAAAAAAAAAAAAAUCUAGUCGUAUUUAUUUAUUUUUUUUUUUCAGGUAGGUAUCCGCCGAACCCGGUGUGGCGCGGAAAGAAAAAGAGUAGUAGUCUGUUUUUUUUUUUUUUUUUUUUUUUUAAAGAAUAAUAAUGUCUUGAAAUUUGUUUAUGCACGACCAUUAUCUAAAUUGGUGCUGCGCUGUGCGUAGGUAUACGCGUAUAUAAAUAUAUAUAUACUGAAAAACGGAAAAGAAAAAGAGGACGUAAUUUACAUAAAACGAAUUUGUAUUCUCCAGUGGCGAUCUCACUUUCGCCCGUCGUCGCCGCCGCCACCGCCGUUGUGGAUACGACACGUUUUACACUUAAGUAUCAAAAGUUCUCUCUUCUGCACUCACUGCUGCCGCAGGGAGCUCGAAAAUAUACGGGCGUGAUAUACCUAUACGUACUUAAAGCCAGGACGUGCAUACAUUUGAGGGGACCGGUGAUAGGUGUAUUAUACUUACGUGUAUAUAAUAUAUAUGCACUAAAAUAUGUACGGUACGAGCGACACGGAGCACGUGGACACCGCGGAGUCAAACAUCAUCAUCAUCAUAAUAAUAAUACUGCACAUUAUACUCGCAUAAUGUAAGAGCGUGGCUGUUUACCGCGAUAAAAAAAAAAAAAAAAAAAAACCCGUCGUCGUUGUAAACGUCGUAUUAUUACUAUAAUCGGACGGUAAUAGCUGUUGCUGCGGUUUGGGAUUCCUCUGCUAAGCUCAAAAGCCGCGUCGAUAAAUUUAAAAGUGCAGAUUGACGUUGAUUCCGGCAAGUGGCGUUAAAUGGUUCAGAAACACGGUCUUUCGGAAAAACGAAACGAAUAUAAAGCCGGAAGUUUUCGAAAGACAAAUCGUUUUUUUUCGGGUCGCGCAAGGACGCUCGGAUUGAGGAAUGGAGGAUAAUAAUAAGACAUAAUUGAAAACUCCGGUAUUUUAUCAACACGCUCUAGCGUCGCAAAAGAAAUUUUAGCGAGAAGAACGAAAUAGGCAGGAUAACUACAUGGAGAAAAUAGGCAUCAAUAAUUAGAACUGUAAUAAAGAAAACAACCCAACCGGGAUCUGCACGAGGAAGGUCACGCUUAAGAUGGAGAGACGGAGAGAAAGCGAGUGGCAGAAAUAAAUGAAUAAAUAUUUGUUUGGAGCUCUGGUCUUCAAAGGCCGUUCAAAGAAGAAGAAGAAGAAGAAGAAAACCGUUUGCGAGAAUGGGGCGGAUGCUUAUAAUGGUAAAUUUUUUCCGAAGAAAGAACCCAUAAAAAUGAUUAGAAACAUUGAAAAAAUGUCGGGGAUUCGGGUGCGAGCGAUGGACGUACUAUUUAAAAAAUCAUGUUUUGUCGCGUUUCAAACGAGGAAUCGUUGCGAAAAACUCGAAAUUUCUUCGCAGUGUGCCGAUCUGAGUAUAAUAAAAGCCGAUUUGUUUUCUAUUGGCUCUAAUCAACGGUGAACAAAUUUCGAAUCACCGCCAUUUAAAUGGAAUAGGCGACUAUGAAUAAUUAUACCGUGUUGCAGGCGGUUAGGGAUUUCACUUAGCACAAUUUGGUGCGCACAUUAAUAUUGACCCCUAUACUUGAAAGAGAAAAAUUAAUGUAUAUUCGUGUUACAUUUGAAGUCGAGUCCAUGCUUGGAAAAAGUAAAAUAUAUAAUGACUGAGUCAGCUAAUCCGAACAUUCAUACAAUUUUUCGAAAGACGGACACACUUCGCACGUGGAUGGGCCACUGUUGUAGAUUAGAAGUUGGGAAGGUAAUAAAGAGGAAAUUUUUUUAUGCAUAUCUGUACGCACCGAUUAAACAUGGCUAACGAAAAAAACGAUUCUGAGAGGAAUUUGAUUGAUAUAGUGUUGCUUUGUCAACGAUAUAUAUAUAUAUAUAUGUCAUUUUAUAUAGUGAAAUAAUUACAUAGGUAUGCAUUAAAUAUUUUCUUUGAUAAUAUAUGUUUAAUAAUGUACCCGUUUUCCCGGUUUUUCCAAUUUGUUGGGUAAACUCCUGAGAAAAUUAAAAAAUGAUUUUCCUAAGGUACCACCCCAGUCAGAUUUUCUUUCAGAAAAAGUGCUAUUAUUGUAAAUCGGAGCAAAAUUAUUGGUAAAAAAGUUAUCCAAAGGAAAAAAAAUGAACAUCGUUGUAAAGUUGAUGCAUUCUUCGUUCCACUCUGAAUCUUAAAAACAUUUUUAACUGUACUAGACACGAGUAAUAUUUUUUCUUACAGAGGUGCCAAUUUCGUGACAAUGUGAAGUAUGUGCAUGUUUUUUUUCUAUUCCAAAAUUGUAUUACAUUCUGUUGGUAUUAGAAUUUUAAAUCUUAUAUACGGAUUUAAAUGUUAUUCGGUUCGUAUUCGGGCGAAUACUGCAGUUAUCGCGAGUGCGUAUUCCAAAACGCGCGUUGUUUUUCCAGGAGCAUUACAUAGGGGUGGUAUACACGAUACGCCCGUGAGGAUAUUUGACGUUCGCUUCCCCUCAUUGCCUUUUUAUUUUUAUGUAAUGUGCGUAUUUCGUCUGUUCAUUUUGAAACGUUUUCUCGAGGGGAAAGUGUUUCUCGCUGAACUUUCCCCCCGUGCAAAAGUUAUGCCCGCAAUGUGUUUUUCCGUAUACAGCCGACUCGACACUGUUUUAGCGACGGGGUCGUUUUGCCCGCGCGAAACCUUAGAAGAAAAAAAAAAUAAAAAUCAGAUUAAGCCGAUCUAAACCCGAUGGAAAUUUUCGGAACGCGAAUCUAGAAUUAUUAUUAUUACGCACGAACACGAAACGGCACGCGGGGGACGGCCCGCUGUACACCUGUCGGCUUCGCCAUCCGAAUUAAUAUACAAACCUACUGCCUCGCGCGUCCACGGCCCGAGAUACGAAUUCCAGGAAAUCAUAAUAUUUAUAUAUAUAGUACCCUAAGUAAGUAUAAACUUAAACCUCGCCGACGUACGUCCGCCCCCGAAGUCAUCGAAAAGCCACCGCGAGUAGAUAGCAGACUUCCAAGUCGGCGUGACCGAUUCGAGAAUUACGUUAUUUUCGCAGUCUCGUCAACGGGAAACGUGUCCGACGCCCAGACUAUUUUUCACUGUGCGUAUGCAAGAGUAGGUGUACGUAUACACACACACACACACGUUUUCACGCGUACACGCGUAUUUCACGUUAUUUUCAAUGCGUAAUCGUGCGAACAAACUCUAAACGAAAAUACCGGUAAACGCGGACGGAAAACAUUCACGUGCAUUAUAAACGCGCGCGAGUACAAAACGCGUUUCAUGUUCUAAUCGAUUGGCGUUUUCAAUCGAAACCUCUAGCAUAAUAACAUCGUAAUGUAAUAUAGGCGAAACUAGGGGGGGAGGGGUGUGCUAGGGGGCCUACAGCACCUCUAAAACGACUAAAUAUUUUAGCAUUGUUUUCAUAAUGAACGAGCGGAAGAAAAUACAGAUUUCCCACCUGGGAAAUGUGUGCAAUGUACGAAAAAUAAUGUUAAAAUUCUUAUGAUGUAUUUGUAUAAUGUACACACGUUGUAAAAAAAAAAAAAAAGGCGUAGUAGACUGUUGUAAGAGUGGUGCAAAGGGGAUUUCGAGGGCACAACCUCCGCGGGUUUUUAACCACGGGUCCAUAAUUUUAACGCCCCCCCAAAGUCGGUAGUCUAGUUGUGCCCGUGUAAUACACUAUACAUUAGUACUGAGUACCAAAUCCGGAUCGAAACAAACGUUACAAUCCGUUUAAUCCGAACUAUUACUUUCAAUCCGUAUUUUAAAUACCGAUCCGGAUAUACGGAUUAUACUAUAAAUGCGGAUUAUUAAGUGUUUAAAAAACAAUUAGGUAUUAUUUUAUUUAUAAUUUGUUUUUCUUAACUGAAACUAUUUCUAAAAUUCUUUAAUCGCCCACAAAAUGUGUAUCGAUUGAAGUUACUACUCAAGUAUCUCUGGACUAUCAAAAUAGUUGAGCAAUUGUGAAAAAUUCGAAAACCCUGUCGUAUUUGUUGUUACGUGGGUCAUGGAUCGCGUUGAGUCGAUUGCCGAUCGAUCCGAUAUCGUACAACAUUCGUAUUGUACAGAAUGUGUGUACACGCUACACAGAUAAUAACGAAAAAAAAUAUAAAAAUCGAGAUCUGCGGAUCAGACCGGAAAUCCGGAUUCCGGAACGCGUCGGCCGGCAACGCACCGUGUGAGGGAUACCGCACUUCGGCCGGCCGUGAUAUCGCCCGGGGUCUCGCGAAUAUAUUAUCGCCCGAUACGAUUCCGGAAUAUUCGGAACUUUGCGUGCCGCCCGCGUUUUCGGAAUAAUAAUAAUAAUAACAAUAAUCGCAAUAAUCGCGCGUGCACACAAUACGGCGGCAAUAACGGCGCGGCCGCGCGGAAAACGUAACGCGGUAAACGAAUAAACGUUUAUUGUCGUCAUUGUAACGUACGAAACGCUAGCCGGCGGGCGGCGUGUGUGCUCGCGAGUAUUACGACCCGGCGGCGACCGCGAAAUAAAUAAUGAUAACAAUACCGAUGACGAUGAUAAUAACAAUAAUAAUAAUAAUAAUAAUAAUUAUCGUUUUCGCCGGGUCCCGGCCGCCGCCGCCGGACGACGCCGCCGCCGCCGCCGCCGCGCGUAUAGUAUUAUUACAAUAACAGUCGGUCCGGAAUCGAUUUCGGGCUCCGCGAACCCGCGAACGGUCCGGGGGGUCGUCGUCACUCCUCGAAUACCGCGUUCGGUUUCGUACGCCGCCGUCGCCGACAGACGCCUCUCCGCCGGUCGCACGCCGAAUAACAAUAUCCCGCGUGUCCCCGCGCGCGCACCGGAGCACCCCGAAAACGGACGCGAUAAUAUAAUAUUUUUACGCUGCUCGCCGCGCACGAAAAUAUCGCGUGCAUACGCGUGUGGCGGGCACGCCGAGCGAGCCGUUACGCCGCGGCGGUUUAUACCGGUAGGUGCGCGUUGUUGUCUGCAUCGUUCGAGUCCGCGUUCGACCGGCGAAAAAAAUCUCGGGGAAACCGGCCGCGAAACUGUUGGCGAACAACGAACGGGCGAGCGUGCAGAAGAAUCGCCGUGUGGUGGUGGGGUGGGGGGGGGGGGGUGUGUGUGUGUGGAGGGCCCGCGUCGAUAACGCGACAGAACGCGGCGACGGUGUGCGAAAACUCGCGUGGCGAUACGAUGCGUCCACCGGUGUAUAGUGCGCCUUGCGGAAAACCGUGCGCCGGAGCGCCGGUCGUUUGCACGAUUCCGUUCUGUUCGGACGUCGGAUUGUUGUAUUUGUUGUCUGUGCGCGGUGUCGGAUCCGCCGUUCGGGACGGUACUUGCGAUUCCGUUGCUUUCGGCCGACGGGCCGGCCGUCUCCCCGUACGGCAGGGCCGCGGUCGUUGUGCGUCGCGUGCCCGAGCCGGGCUACGGACGGUGUUACGGAGAGAACGGGCGAGAAACGACGGGGAAGGCGCCCGUGACGACGGACGGGAACCCGGGAAAUCGCCGCCGACGGAUUGGAAAACGGCAAGACGAAAUGGACGCCGAAAUACGCCGCGGUCGCGGUACGCGGUGUAACACGCACACGUGUUCGUCAUUAUAAAACCUAUCGGCGGCGGCGGCGGUCUGUGGGACGCACGGUUACCGCGGUAUAUUGUAUUACUGUACCGCGGCCGGAGAGUAUACCGCGCGACGCGUCGUGUAGAACGCACGUACACGUGUACAAAAGUGGCCACCGGUGUUAUACGUACACGUAUAUAUAAAUAUAUACGCGGCGAAGUAUACGCGGUAUUCCGUGGGGUUGUAGCGCCCCCGCCGAGAAGGGCGAAAAACAAAAGUGAAACGUAUAAUAAUACGUUUAAACGCAGUUUUUGCGGCUGCGGUGUCGCGUUUACCAGCGCCGGAGUUGCACAAUAUACAGAGCGAUCGCGUCUGCGGCGAGGGUCGCAGUCCGCGCUCGGAACGGCAUAUUUUAUUACAUUACGCGAGAUUGCCGGGCGGUGUUUGCAAAACGCGCUUAAACCCCGCGGGUUUUAUGCGCGCCGAACAGCCGGGACGGAGUAUGUCGCGCGAAGACCGCAGACGUUUGUUUGUUAUACAUCAUGUAUGUAUCGUUCUUAAAAAAAAAAACAAACGAAAAUAAACAGUUCUUGCGUAUUACUUUUGGACAAAACGGGUAAUUGCAGUUUUACAUUCCGAAACGGAACGAGGAAUGUAUUGGUUUUACAAUGAUGUUUAUUUGUUUUCUAUGCGCGCGCUUUUACUACCAGAAAGCUUAGUCCGAUUAUUAAGUAUACCUUCGAGUAACGACUUUUCCGAAAGGAAAUGUUCUCCGGACGGUACUUUAGAGAGGUCAUUUUUGGAAAUUAUCAUUCAUAUUCGAUAUCGAUUCGGAAAACCGGGUCCAAUUAGGUCAAAAACGAUUGAGAGGUUUAAAAUAAGGUUUUCAUUGGAAACCGUUUGUAUUUAUUUUUUUGUUAUUAUUAAGUUUUUAUUAUUUUAAUCUAUUUUAAACAAUCAUUGUUGUCACGGAAACGCACAUUGUUGUACUUAUUUUGCCAUAAUAUAACAUAUAUAUAUUGUUGAUAAAGCAACAUUAUCAACUGAACUCCGUUCAGAAUCGUUUUUACGUUAGCGAUUAUGGUUUUGUCGUUGCUUACACCUGGUACAUUAAAUUCCCGUCUGUAUCCUACCUUUCCAACUUCCCACCUACAACAGCGACUACACCCAAGUGUAAAGUAUGUCAGUCUUUUUUUUUUAAAUCUACAUUUAUUUCGUUUUCCUGCCCGUAAACCACUUUAUUCAAUUGAUAUUUCGUUCUUGAAUAAUUAAGAUAAAAUUCCAAGUAUAUUUGACUGUUGUCACAAUAUGAUAUUUUCAAAAAAUUAAUAUUUAAAAUAAAAAAAAAAAGCUCUUUUAUAAAAAAAAAAAAAAUGUUUUAUUUGCAACCUUUUCGUAAUACAAGCCGGCCGUAAUCGCAAUCGAUGCAACGGUAAACUACUGUACAAAAAAAAAAAAAAAAAAAUCCCCUAUUAAAUUAUUUGAAAAUGUCAAGACGAAUUGCUAUUACAAUAUAUAGAAAAUCUAGCGGUGAUUUGUCUAUAAUUUCGCAACAGUUUACCCGUCUGAUCUUUGUAUAGGACAUAUUUUCGCGGACAAAUAAUCGGGGCGGUUUUAUCACGCCGUGUCGUCUAAUUCAUUUUUUUUUUUUUUUUCCCCGAUAAAAGUCAUUUCCGCAUUCAUUGGUAAGCCCGUUCAGUAACUGUGGACCGUAAUUUCGCGAUUAAACCGCAUGCGCGUAUAACAAUAUUAUUUGGAUUUUGUUUGGCGAGCAACCAUAAUAAUAUAGGUAGGCACGUUUACGAAAACACUAAAUGAUUGGGACACGUAUAAUAGUACUCGGAACGGGACUAAAACGGUUUAUAAAAUACAGGUAUAUGUCAUAAGAUACUCGAUUUUUACAAAAUAUAAUCGACGGAAUACGUGUAUGUACGGAGUAUGUGUAUUAUACUACAUAAUAUACGCCGUAUAUGUAUUUUGAAAUAGUUAAAAAAAAAAAAAAACAAAUUCGUCAUAAUAUAUUAUUUUCGUUGCCCCGUGCCACUAAAACCGUCGUAAUAGUCGAUGGAAUUAACGGUUUCCAAUAGUGCAAAUAUUGACAAAUAAAACGCUGCAACACUAUGGUCGGUAUUAAGACGGUCUGUAAAACUAUCAAUUCAUCUGUUUUAGAUUCCGAGCUUAGCGUUUUGGUUUUACAAUGCUGUUUAUUUUUUCUUUCUCUCCGUUCUUUGUUCUAGACCGCGGACACGUUUUUUCCCAGUAAAUUUGCUCAGUUCUUCACGUGUAGCAACUUUUCUGAAUGCUCAAGUCGCCCAGAUGGUACUUUAAGGAUUUGAUUUUCGAAGCAGGUUUUUCGAACAAUAGCACUCGAGUAGGAAAACGUACAAUUUCACGAUUUCGUUUAUAAAACUCGGCUCAGAAUCUCAAGAACGAGACGAAAAAAACGGUGGACGACGGCGGCGAAUAAAACCACCCUGUACGAUCACCCUGUAUAUCGCGCACGGCCGGGUGUAUAGGUAAAUAUCGUGUCGGCGUCGGGUCUUUGUGCGCCGAAAGACGCGUUUACGACGGUCGGCGCGGAGACGCGGAGGAGGAGCCGGGAGCCGAGCAGCGCUAGGCCAAAAACGAUUAUUACAUCAAUUUAUAAUAUUGGAGAUGAUGUUAUUAUUAUUAUUAUUAUUACGGACCCGCCGCCGCCGCCGCUAUGAGCGACUAAAUUCCUCCGAAACGCCUCUCCGCCCCCUAAUAUAAAUCGAUUUAUUUUUUAUUUUUUUUCUUCUCCUCGUAUUCCAUAAUUCGACGUCGGUUUCUUUCCGCGUAAUUUUCGGAUUCCCGGUGUAGCGCAUCACCGCCGCAGCUUCGCCAAAACGUCCGCGGCGUCUCCGUCUCUCCGCCGCGGAAAACGCAUUUUCGGCCGGUAAAUACGUCGCGUUUUUUUUUUUUUUUUUUUCCCCCGAUAUUUUCGAAAACGCUUUUGGCGAGUUGCUAAAUGCCACGAAUUUUUCAAACAGCAUUUCAAUACGGGAUGUCAACAUAAAACAUUUCGAAAACGUCCUCACGCACACUGAAAAUAGAACUAGCUCGAUUUUGAUUUCGGAGUAAAAACACCUAUUGUACACUUAUGAUUAGACGAUAAUCUCCUGGAGCCCGCCACGCCGCGUUUUUCCGUUAUUUUUGUUUUUUGUUUUUUUGCACAUACAACGCAAGCCUGCAUAUAGGCGCUCCCCAAAAGCAAAACCAAAAGUACGCUAGUUUUACCGGGUGCGCGAAAGAACGUUUUUGCCGUGUCACGCGUUACAUAGUAAGACGGAGACAGUAUGGUAUCGUCCAUCGGAAGAUGCGAAUUCUCCGCCCGGCGGUAAUUUUAUAGUGUGUUGAACGAAUCCUACUAAAUUCCCGAUAUUUUUUCUAAUAAAUUGAAAAAAAAUAAUAAUAACAACGGUCAAAAGCAUGUGACGGUUUUAUUUUUGACAAUUUUCGAACUAUACGCUGAUUACAAGUGGGACGAAUACGCGACCCGCACUUCGUCGCCGAAUCGACACCGGGCGCGCCGCACAGAAUCGUUUUUCGACUGUCGUUACGUUCGGCACGCGAACCUAUCCGUCCCGCAAAACCUUCGCGUUUUCACCCGCUCGGCCCUCUGCCCACGCCCUGUUCUUCGCGGCGCGUAAGUACGUCCGGGCGUUUUUCCAUCUCGUCCUGAAUUAUUGCGGUCGCGCCCCGUCACCUACGUAACACACUACAAUACGAUUUCCGGGCGUUUAAUAUUUCGUCAUUUAUCCGUUCGUCGUCGGUAUUUGGCGGGUGCCGCCAUUUGUCGUACUGCGCGACGGGGCGCACGUGCGGCUUCACACCGCGAUCGCGCGACGCCGCCACGCGGGCUUUUGGUACGGUUUCCCUUGCGCGGUCAGCGAACGCGAUCGACGAACUAGAAGAUCGCGUUCGCAUCGUCUUGGUUUAUUCCGGACGGUUUUGCGUCGCGAUCGAGAGUAAUUUAUAUCACAUCAUUCAGUCGCACUUAAUAUUUCGAUGUGUGAAGUACUCUAGUGAACGGUAUAAACGAACAUACUGCGGAUUUUUAAAUCAUAAUGCAUACAUCUGACGACGUAAAUAUAUUGAAAAUUCUUUUUGAAGAAGAAGAUGACGAUGACGUUUUGCUCUUAUGUUCGUCAGAAGAAAGAGAAAGAGAAGUGCGGAAGGUUAUUAUGACAUACUAAUCAACGGUCAUUUGAAAAAUAAUGAAAUCAAAUUUCGAGAAUUUUUUAGAACAAAUCGUAAUCGGUUUGAUUUUAUUUUAAAUUUAAUAAGAGACGACCUAGCCUAGACAUUUUUUUUUUUUUUAUAAGGAAACCAAUAACUUCAUCUUCUACUUUGCUAAAAUUUGGUCAUUGGAGCACUCAUUGUUGAAACACACGACCAACGUCAACCAGCAGUGCCAAUCGUAAAUGAAUGUCACAUACUCAUAUCAUAAUUUUCUUUCGAAAUAACAAAUUAAUCGCGACGCGAUCGGAUUUAGAUCGCCGACCGCGAUCGCGCAAGGAGAACCGACUGUAUUUAAUUUACAUUGUAUCAGUAGUCGCGCGAUCUCAGAUCGGAUCGCGUUCGGGGUUCGCGUUCGCGGUUCGCGCAAGGGAAACCGGGUACCGGUUUCGGGUUUUCGGCGCGCCGAGACGCGGGCGCGAAGAAGAAGCGAACGAGCGUCGCGACGUAAUACGAAAUUCUCGGAAAUUUCAAUUGCGUAUUCUUCACGGUUCCGGAAGUUGUUCGCCGCCGUCGGUCCCGGGAAGCGGCGGUUAGAAUUUCCCGUCGACGUCGUCGCAAUAAUAACGAUAAUAAUAUUAUUAUUAUUAUUAUAACACCGCGGGUAUAAUACGUACACCCAACUCGACGACAAUAUCCCAAUACGAUAUUUUGGCACGUCACCCGUAUACAAAUACGGAAUAAUAAUAAUAAUAAUAAUAAUAAUUACGAAUUCCGUGGCGUCCGAUUUGCAUUCUGUCCUCGCGACGACGACGGCGACGUUAUCGAAUUCUCUCUCGUCGGCAUUACGCGCGCGCGCGCCGUACUUACUGUAUUCGGCGGCGAUUAUUUAGAUUAUUUAGAGAAAUAAAUAAAAAAAAAAAAAAUCAAUAAUACCAAUGCGACGCGAUAUUAUUACCGUUUGACUUUUAAAAAGCCUGAAAAUUCCCGCGUGUGUUCCGUUCGUAAUAUUUAUUUCGGCCGUAAAUUCAUAAUGCAAUUCAUAAAGUACACCCCCCCCCCCCCCCUCCAACCCAUCUACCGCCGGGCGAAAAAUCCUUGAAGGCGUAUUGGCCGUCUGGAGUUUAUUUUUGUUUACCGGAAAACGGUUUCCCGGGAAAACAAAUACGCGUCGUAGUAAAUCUAAUGUAUAAGCCAUUUCGCAUACACUCGGAAUCUAAAAUUUCAAAAGGUUUUUGUUUUUUUUUUUUUCCUCUCGGCAGAGAAACGUAUACAUAUAUAUAUAUCCGAUAUACCCGUAUACAUUGCGCUUCGCGAGUCCGUAAAUCUGUUUUGCAUUUUUUUUUUUCCCCGCCGCCCGUCCCGUGGCCCGUUACGAGUCCCGUCCGGGAACGUCCCACCGCGCACGUAAGUCAGGUUUCUAAACGACCUUAGGCGCUACGCGUUACGCAUACACCUGCCCGACAAACAACACUGCACACUUUAGCGCGGCGCAACGGCGGCCCGGAGUCGGUAUAAUUACGAUUGCGGGCGGGCAAGAGCCGAACGAAAUCGGCGGGUGCGCAUUGUGAAAACGAUCGAUUUUAAUCGCGCGAAAUACGUUUGCUCUUCCUGUUCGCGCUCUCGGCCGGCACCCGUUCACCGUCUGUAAUAUCCCCGCGCAUAUUGCCCCGAGAGUAUUAACCGCUUUUUUUUCCCCUUGGUCUUUUCGCCGACUCGUUAUACGAAAUCGCACCGCGCGCGCGGGACGCACAGACCCAGACAGUCGGGGACGCAACGGUCGAACGGACGCCCCUAAGACACGAGACAUCUGUAGGAAUACUCGGUGUAGGCCGCGGUUCGGCCUAGUUUGGUCAGCGCCACCGGCAAUCGGGUCCCGAUUUCCGGUGGCGCAUUGCGAAACAUUUGAUUUUCCCGCCCGCCAACACUUCCGACUUUCUCGGCAAAUUCCCGCCUAAUAAACAAUCCGUUUACAUCUGACGAUUUAUUUUACUUUUGCGUUUACAAAAAUCAGUAUUGAACGGUGAAAAUCUUUACUAUCGGUCAUUAAAUGUUAUUUUAAUGUGCAUAAACGCGAUCAGAGGUCAAUUUGAAAUAAUAAUUUAAUGAAAACAAUUUUUGUCCGCUGAACAAAUGUUCAAUUUCGAAAAUGUAAAUUAUCGGUAGACGCCCAGAGAAAUAUUUAAAUUUUUAACGCCCCGAGGUACUGUGUUUUAGUGUUCUUUCAUAAGAACAUGUUUUUUACACAUUGGAAUCUCGAGCUGUGCAUUUUACAUUUCAUACUGUACACUCUGGUUUUCAAAACGCAUUAUUUUAGCGAGCUGUUGAACGAACGUAAACCACGGGACGGGGUAAAUAUUGACAGGAAAAAACUUGCUAUUUUACCGUGUCUUAAAGGAUUAUGACGCCCCGUUCAAAUACGGCGCCCGGGGCCCAUUAAAUACGUCCUUGUAAGUACGUAUAAACGUUUUCAUAACCGUCUAGUGUUGAAAGUGUACAGGAAAAUGUCCGUCAACGGUGAUGGAAAUAGUUGAACGCCGGGUGUAAGAAGGUCAAGAUAAAAACAAGUGGCCGAAGUGACGGAAACUCUUAAAGAGAACGUAGAAGAAGAAGAAAAAGCCACUUCGCGAAAUUAUUGUAAUUAGUUGGAAACGGGAACCGAACGCACUUUUCGCUUUUGUUGGAAAAUCGGCGAACCUAUCUUUUUUUAAAUUUUUUUAUUCCGCCGGUGACGCGUACACGUCUCGUUUGUGCGUUUUGACCGAUAUCUUUUGUGGGCGUUUCGGCGUGGAUACACAAUUUGCCGCUGCCACUGCGGUAGGUAGGUAGUAUAAAUAAUACGUUAAAUUAUUUUUGGUUUUUUCGUUUUUUUUUUUCGCACACUUCGAGAGAAAUUCCAUUAGAACAAUUAUACGCGCACAACAAAAACUCCAUAAAAUGUUCGCGCGCACAAAAAGAAAAGUUUCCACACGCGUAACCGUACGUCAUUCGGUCCGGUAGUAUAAUUAAUGCCCGGUAGUUUUUUUUAUUUUAUUUUUGUUUUUCUAUAUGUAACCCGAAGCUCGGGAUUUCCACGUCGUGUUUUCUAACAAUAUAAAUAUUUCGUUUAUUAUUUUUGCGCUACGAUAAUUAUUUUAUUCUUUAACUUUUAACGUGUGUGUGUGUGUGUGUGUGUGUGUGUGUGUGUGCGUGUGUGCUGCGCGCGUGAAACGUAUUAACAAAAAAAAAAAAAAAAUAAAAAUAAAAAACGUAAAAAAUACCUACCAUUUGUUUUGUUUAUGUUUUUACUCUGUACCCACCCUAUAUCAGUACACUACAUACUGCUGCAGUUACACGCUAGAAAAUGUAAGUUACAAACAAUAAUAAUUAAUCGUUCGAGUGUACCUUUUGAAAAGUCCGCGUAUUAUUAUAUUAUUAUCGUGCACCGCUGCACGUUUCCGAGUGUAGGCACCUUUUUAACAUAUUUUUCACACCGACAAAAUCUCACACCGCACUCCGCGACGGUUUUUGUUUAUAUAAAAGAGCGAACUACGUAUCCGAAACACGCGAAUGCCUACUCGUUCAAUCUCGAGUUCAAUAAUAUUAAUAUUUGUUUUUACGUAUUUUUAUGCGCUUUACAAUCGCUGUUUUUGUGAACACUCGCUGCAGUUUGUACAACUAUUGUGCGGCAGUCUGACGGCAUAAUAACGCUUGAUAUUUAGUAUGCGUGCCGUGUAUUUUUCACUACAGGAAAUUCACGCUCGUAGUUCCAUUAAGAAUAUAAUAUUAAAAUAAUUUAAAAUUUAAAAAUAAAAUAGUGCCCGAACAGAGGAUUAUAAUAACAAAUAAUAAUACUUGUAUAGUCGACGGACGCUGUUAAAAACGACAUAAUGACGCGGAAUGUCGUCGCUCAAUAAGAUACAACCACGGAUAUUUUAUGAGGUUUUGGCCGAAUUGAAUUGGUGCGCCGCGCUUUCUUAUUUCAAAUUUCCGGCUUCGUCGUUUGGUGAACUUAACACAAUCACAAAGAGAACGGGUUGUGCUCGGAGAUCAGAGUGCUCACAUAAACGAUAACAGCUGCCGUGUCUAAAAUGUUUCGGUGUAUUUUUUUUUAAAGAAUUUUUUUUGCCGAAAAUUGCAUUAACUUCACUGGACACCCAGUUGAACGAUAUUUUCUUUACUAUACGUCUAACAGAAAAUACACGGUAAACGAAUGAAGUAGAUUCAAGUGUUUGAAUCGGGAGGAAGCGCAGGGAAUCUUUUACAAUUUUUCCUUUAACAUCCUGUAAUUAUUUAUAUUGGAACGGUACAUCUCUUUUUUCAAAGAAUAAUAUUAUCAAAAUCACGUGUCACCUACUCAGAUCAAUCGUUAAUUUUUUUCGAAAUGUAAUAUUUAUCAUUGACCAGUCAUCAAUUAUUAUCAUUAUUGUAUUUUCUGUAUUUCACAUUAUCCUUGUGUCUUACUUAUUAAUAAUGUAAGUAAUUUAACCAAAAUCUAAAUAGUAAACAUUAUAAUUUUUUAUUUAUAAAUUGAAAGAAAAGAUAAAUCAUUGCAGUCGAGAAACGAUUCUGAGUGGAGUGGAGUGGUAAUAGUGGUAUUUUUUUUUUAAUUUUCAUAGUCCCUCUGUUUAUUUUUUGAUUUUCAAAACUGAUGAGAAUAGCAUUUGUAACAAAACAUUAUGACUGAAGGUAUGGUUUCCCAUUGUUGAUAAUUCGAAUAGUUAAAGAGAAAAUGUUUGUUCUACAGCCAGGAACUUUAAGGAAGGCGGAGUGGAUUCACAGUGAAUAUUCGCUAAAAAAAAAAUCGUUGAAUGCUUUGUAUCUCAGUAUUGUUUGGCUCUACGUUCGCCGUAUGAAUAGGUAGGGAGUUUUUCAUAAAUAUUCCGUGGAAGUGUGUGAGUUUAUAAUAAAUACAAAUUCAGAAAUUAUCUAUUGCGAAUAAACCAGUUUUAUUGUUCUCCUUAAAAGUUGAGAACCAUGGGAUAUUGGGCGUGUUUUAACCUAUUAAGUGACGACAUUAUUAAUAUUAUUCUACCCACAGAUUAAUGAUACAGCUUUAGAUAGUCCCAUGAGAGGUAUACGAGAUUGGCAGCCGUAAACCGAAAAGGCGAAUCGCAUUGAUUAAACCGUGUCAUAUUUGUUUACACCAUGAAACAUAUGACGGUGUAGAAACAAAUAUAUUUACCACGAAACGCACGGUAUAAACAAUUAAUAAUUUAUUGGUUAAUCAACGAUAUUUUCCCCUCUGGGUAUAUGGUUGCCAAGCUUCAGAUUUAUUCAUAUAGAGUCAGUUAUCUAAUUGUUUUAUAUAUUCGCGAUUCUACCAACAAAAUCACUUUGUAUGAAAAGUUAAAAAGCCAAGUAAAAUAAUAUUUAGAAAAAAAAACCACAUUUGAUUUCAUCGCAAUAACCUUUGUGCGGAAACUAUUAUCGCCAUGUAAACUAAUAAUAUUCAGGUAAUUUCACAUCGAACAAUCUCUUCUUCUUUGUUCGAUCGAUAUCCUGGUUGUCGCUGUAUCCACUUAUCCACUGUUAUAUUGACUGUCCAAUUACUGUUUUACCGUACCAAGUCUGCGUUUUUCACACGGCCCUCCCAUGUCUUAACCGUCUUCCCCGAGGACAUCUUUGUCAAUAACAUUUUUCCUACCGUCGAACCGUGUUACCGUUAGGUAUGCCCUGCCCACAGCGUUGUUCGUUUUCUAAUCUCUUUUACUAUAACUGAAAUCGGUUGAUAUAGAUUUUCAAGUCCGUCGUUGCGUGAUUUCUUCCAUUCGCAUACGUGGGUAGUAAAGUGUGUGAUCCCCGUAUAUUUUCCCGAGUGUACCUUUCUCUCGAACAUUGCUAUUCGCUGUUCUCCGUUCUUCUCAAAGACUUCAUACACGGUCAUUUAAUUGUAUUUAAAAUAAUCUCGUCUGUGGUCAUUUUGUAAUUUAUUUCCGUUUCAUAUCUCGCGUAUUUUUUUAAAAAAAACAUUUAUAAUCGUGUUGUUUACGCCGAGUUUUGUAACAAAGUCGUACGCGAUAUCCGCCCUAACGUCUCGGCCUCGGCAGGCGAUUUUAGCCGAACGCGGAUGCGGAUGUACGAGGGUUAUGGUACAGGUAUACACAGGUGUACCGCAAUGAUUUUACUUAUCACGCGCUUUACACAGAUUCCAGAUACUCUGUACGGUUUACCUCUGCGCACCGAUACGGUUUUUAUCGCGAUAAUCUAUCAAAGGGCGCAGCAGCCCGAGUGCCAUCCCGUUGUUUGCGCCGCGCGGUGUUUGUCGUCACACGAGCGCGUUACCAUUACACGUGCGGUAGGCACAGCGCUGUUAACCGCACGCGGCCGACGGUAUUCGUAUUUUCGGCGGGACUGCCGGUACGCCGGCAGUUGGAUUGGAUUCGGUCGAAGGUCGACAUUUCUAUAGGCGUUACGUUAUUAUUGUUGUUACAGCCUUGUGUGUGGGAUAAAAUUCCGAAAAAUAAAAUCGAAUUACGGUAUACGUGUACCUCGUACAAUGUGCAGGCGCCGCCGUCGUUUCUUCGUCGGCAAUACGUCCAAACCCGCAGUAGCUGCAGCACGGAUAUCGUAUGGAGGACAUCGCACACACGCGAGCGCGCGCGCGCGGUAUACACGGUAUCUCAGAUCGAAACGUCGUUUAUAACACGGUUCGAAGAAGCGUAAAAAAAAAAAUUCUACGUAUAUAAAACAUAUUAAUAAUGGAACUCGCCUGAUCAAAAACAAAGAUAAUACGACGACGACGUUUCGACACGGACCGAUUUUUUUCUCGCAUUUUUUUUUUUUCGCCGACAAAUCCAAUCAGAUAUAGCUGAUGUUUUUUUUUUUUUUUUUUUUUUCACCGCCGCCGCGUCGAUAUUUACCUACUUCCUCAUUAUUAUUAUUAUUAUUAUAUUAUACGGACGCUCGUUGUCGUUCUCUUUUUCUAGGUUAUUAUAGAUCCUCCUGGAAUAAUAAUAAAAAAAUAAAAAAGAAAAAAAGAAUACAACGCUCGGAUCGGUAUUUAUUUGUCUGCCCCUCCCCCUCCUCCCACCACCUGUGCCGCUCCUCGUCUAGCCCGGAGACGUGUUUUUGGCACAUAGGAAAUUAUUCGGUCUCUCUUUGAAAUAAACAAGAACAAAACAGAAAAAAAAAAUAAAGAAAUAAAUAAAAUAAAAGAUAAUACUCGACGGACCGUAACGGUUCCGACGGAGGAGCCUCAAGGAUACGCCGCGAUGUUCGAAUGAAUAUUAUAUUAUAUUAUAUCCGCAGCGUUAUACCAUACGUUCGAUUAUUAUUAUUAUUAUUGUUCUGUAUACGUAUGUGCGCGGACGCACACGCAACAAUAUAAAUCUCUGCGAACAACAAUAAUAUCAUGUAAGGCGUCGGUUUGUGUCUCCGUUGCACACGCGCGUGUGCGUAUUUAUACGCGUUACACAUACUACAGCGUCGGCCCGGGACAACGCGGUGAUUCGUGUGCGCUGCCGACGAGUCGAGUGUACGGUCGUAACCCCGGGGGCGAACGCGUGCCGCGGGGGUUUUUAUACAGGGCGGUUCUUUUGUCGCGUAGCCGCGAGUACACCGUCCGCGGAGGUUUCGGGCGAAUCGUUAGAUUUCCGAUUUCUCUCACUGGCCGUUGCGGCGGUCGUCGUAGCUGUUCGGCCGUUGCGGUCCGACGUUUUUCGACGUCCCGUCGCGAUGCGAUUCAGCGACCUGACGCUUGUGCGAAGGCGCGGCCCCCGUGUUUAAGGGCCCCGCGCGCGAGCGGUUUUGUCGACAUUUUCGGCGGAAUGAAAUUCCGUCGCCUCGACGUCAUUCAAAUUCACUUUUAGAUACGCGCGCGAGCAAUCCCGGUGUCGUUAUCACAAGUGCUAAUCGCGUGUUCGUGAAAUGAUUGACACGGAUAUUGACGGAAAUCCGUUUCGCGCGAGCUAAAAAACUAUACUCGCACCGUGGACCCGAUUGAGAAAGCAAUUUUUCACCGUAGAGCCCAGAGUAUUCGCAACAGCGGUUUUAGUCUUUCGAUGUGAAAAUUACGAAAAAAGUAAUUGGACAAUUUUUAACCAUCUGCUUUUGAGAUAACGAUGACUUUUCCGUUGUUGUUUGUAAUAUCAAACGAAUAAAGUCGACGGCGCACCACCCGAGUUCACUUUAUUCUGCGGUGAAAAUUUGAUUUUUUUUUUUUUUAAUUAAGUCUGUAGCUUGAGUAAUUAUUCUCCGUUUUAAAUAGUGUUCAUAGUCGAAUUAUGGCCAACAGUAAACACUCUCUCGAGGAAAUAAUCGAGAUUUUACGGGAAAGACCAUAAUACAAUCUGAUAAUAAUAAUAAUAAUAAUAAUAUAAUAUACAUAAAAUAAUAUAAUUAGCAAUCCGAAUACGGAAACCACAAAUCUUUGACGAUUAUAUCGACACCGAGAAUAAUACUGUGAUAUUUCAAAUCACGGAAAAUUUCCAUUAGAAAAUUAUUAUUUUUAGAUUCUGAGUUGUAGCCAAUAUGUUUUACUAUGAUGCACGUGCGACAAUUUUUCUACCAGAAAACGUAUUCUAAUUAAAAAUUAAUAGAAGACCUUUAUUCGUUGAAUUUUGAUUUAGUUGGUGUAUUAAAGAGGUCAUGUUUUUUACUUUUCAAACAGUUUUCAUAAUAAUUUGGAAACACCAGAAAAUACCCAAUGGGAAAUGCGGGAAAGUUUACGAAAUAAACGAUUUCGUUAUUUUCGAUUUUGAUUUUAUAUUAUAAACUAAUUGAAAAUUAUCGUAAAAAGUUUUGUAUUACACUUUUCUAGACUCGGUAAAAUGUUCAAAGCAUUUUCGCGAUUUUUAAGUUAUUUAUAAGAAUUUUAUAUUUCUGAGUUUUUCUACGUAGUUUUUAUUUUGUACGUAUUCUGUGUAUACAAAUGUUUCAAAAUAUAAUUGGACGUUCAUUAUAAGUUACAAAGUUUAAAACUGAAGUCGUUACAGGAUACUCCUUAAAUGUUGUGAAAAAUCUAAGUAUGCAAAAAUAUCGUUGUUCACUGCAUUUAAAAAUUUCAAAAGUCUAAAUUGUAUUUAGUUUAACAAUAAAAAUAGGAUAAACAUACUUAAAAACUAAUCUGUAUAUUAAAUUAUAGUUUUAAAAAAAAAACUAUGUGAAAAAUAACAGUUUUUAAAAAUUAUCCUCCCUUAUUUCCUCCCUUCCUUUUGAUAUUGUCCUCUGACCACCGCUGUAUAGUAAAUAAAAUUAUUUGUACUUCGUUGAAUUUGAAAAUUUUUAGUAAUUAUUUUUUUCCAUUCGUGUUCAUUGUCCAAUGCUAAUCAUUAUAAUACAGUUAAUAUUAUUAUUUUUUUUGUAUUUAACACGGCCAAUGGGGCGGGGUUGAAUCCCUUCUCUUGAGUAUACCAAUUAUGCAACUGUGAAUAUCAGAUGAUUUGUUAAUCUAUAUAGUUGACGAUAAUCAGGGUUCAGGACUUCAAGUAUUUGCACAUUUGUUUUGGCUUAACAUAAAAUCUAGCAGAAUGCUGUGGAAACGGUUACAAUGAUCUCAAAUUGGCAACCGUUUAUGUUUAUAUUUCGUUUUUAUUACUUUUAUCUUCUAAUCUUUUUUAAACAAUCAUUGUUAUCGUGAAAACGCACAUUGUUGAAAAAGUUGCUCAAUACUAUUGAGCGAGCUUCGCUUAGAAUCGUUUUAAAAAAAAAGGACGGAUAUACUUCGCAUGUGGGUGUAACCGCUGUUGUAGAUGGGAAGUUAGGAACGUAGGAUACAGACGGGAAUUUAAUGUAUAUCUCUAAGUAACGAUAAACCAUUGCUAAUGAAAAACUGAUUCUGAGCGGAGUUCAGUUAAUAGUGUUGCUUUAUCAAAAAUAUAUGUCAUAUUAUGGUAAAAUGAUAACAACAAUGUGCGUUUCCAUGACAACGAUGAUUGUUUAAAAUAGAUUUAAAACGAUAAAAGCUUAGUAACAAAAAAUAAAUAAAUUUUUUUAAUCUUUCAAUCUUUUUUAACAAAUUUUUUUUUAAAUGCUAAAAGCGUAAAAAUGACAAUAUGAAUUGUGUUCAUAGUUUUAAUCGCCCUUUUUUUUUUUAGACAAAAUGAAGUAUUCAAGCUCUUUUUUCAAGACUAAUUUUUUCCCGGGAAUCAUAGCACGUAUAUAGAAUUCCCGAAACCUGAUAAUAAUAUAUUAUGUAAUAUUGUUGUGUAAUAUCACGUGUUUACACGGUGUAAACGAAAUAAUAAUGGGGUAACAUUUUGAAAACAUCGGCACACGAUGUCUGACAGAGAAAAAACACCCACGACAAAUUUCGCAAUAAGAGAAUCGACCUGUACGUAUAUGUACAUGUAUAGCCGGAAUAAUAAAAUAGCGCGGCGCAAACGGCACAAAGACGUCGAAAAUGGCAUCCGAAAGUUUUAUUCGUCGGCGUUUUGCGGGACAAGUCGUUUGCGAGGUACAGGUAUAUAUAUACGUAUAAAAACGCAAUCUGAAAUGACUGCGCGACACGGCUACGGCCCGCGAUAUUAUUAUUGUUGCGCGUUAUUAUUCUCUCGUGUGCGGCGUCGUAUUGCUUUUGGACCAAAUAGAACGUGAAAAAACGCCGCGUUCGUGAUUUUUUUCUACACGAACCCGCCCACCUUUGCCGUUGCCGUUAUUAUAAUAACGUUCGCCGCCGAUCGAUUGCCGUGAAUCAAAUGCGAGCAAUAAGACUGCCGUCGAUUUGCCGCCGUUAAUUAACAAAACGAAACGCAAAACGGCAACAAGUCGCAGUCAGUCGUCAUACCAUUAUCAUAUUAUCAUUAUUAUUAUUAUUAUCAUUAUUGUAAUAACAGCGGUGUGCGUAAUUGACGUAAUGAAAACCGCCGCCGCCGUCGUGUCAUUUCGAAACGAUUGACUCGUCGGUUUUUUUUUAUCGCGUACACUUAUCGAUUCGGUAUUGACUUUAACAGUUCCUAUUAUAUUCCCCUCUCCUUUUUUUUUUUUUUUUUUUUUUCACAAAUAAAUAUACCCGAUGAUUGUUCGUUUAUUUUAUCGGUAGCAACAGCCGAACGCCAACCGUUUUUUUCGCCGAGUCCUCGUCGCCAUCGCCGCGGCGAAAAUAAUAAAAAAAAAACCCCGAGGCGACCGCCGAGAGAUUACCAUCGUCAUCUAUAUAAUACACACCUGAAAUUCCGAUUUUUCUCGCGUCGUGAUCUUAUCCCGUAUUAUCAUAUUUUUAACUUUUUUUACAGCGGGCUUUUUUCCCUCGAUUUGUCGCGCUGUUUUUACCGCACCGAGUGCAACUACAAUGCGCGCCGCGCUCGUCGAACUUUACACCACCGCACCGGCGGAGUAGUGUUUUACAAUCGAUCGAAUUGCACCGCGUGCGACUUCAGUGUAGGUGACGGCGCUUCAAUAAAAUUGUUUACACAACUUUAUAUUCUUAACACAAACAAUAUGAUGUUAUCAAUAUCACGAUCGCCCGCCGAAAACGAUUUUUCCAUAUAGAACCGGAAAAUCGUCUCGUAUUUUACCCGAGAACUUUACGUUUCAAUAUAAUGAAGUUUAUAGUAUAUAUUAUCUACCUACGCAGAAUUAUACGUUCAGAUAUUAUUAUAUAAACUUACGAAUAAAAUCGGUAACUAUAUACCCAGAAUUAUAAAUUUAAACUAAGUUUCCGUUCUCUUUCGAUAAAUAGGUAGGUGUACCUGUAUUAUAACACUGUGUAUAGUGUGUCAAAAUAUAAAGCACUACCUAUUUAAUUAAUUAUUAUAGUUUAUAUAGUAUACAACAAAACUUACUUUGCAAAGUCUAUACAGUGUUGCGGAAGUGUGUUGCACUCGUGCUCAAUUCGAGUAAAUAAUCGUCAAAUGGAAAAUGUUACAUUAUACCUACAGUUAUUAUAAAAAUUAACGUAGAGAAAACAAUGCCUUAUACUAUAUUAUACAAGUGAAAAUAAAAUAUUUCACCGGUAUCAACGCUUUUAUCUAUAAUUUAAACACUAAGAAGUGUAAUGUGCGUAGGAGCACGGGUUGCUGCGCUCGUGCUGAAAUUAUCCCUUAGGAAGCACGCACUUUGAAAUGUUUAUUUGUGUGCGCGAGUUUCUUUAGUUCAAAGUCGAAACACGCGUGUUACGAUACGGCUAUACAAGUUUAAGUAAAUGAUUAAUACAAUUAAAUAAUAAUAAAAAAAACGGACGCACGUGGGUGCAGCCGCUUUUGUAGAUGGGAAGUUGGAAAGGUAGGAUACAGACGGGAAUUUAAUGUAUAUCUGUGAGCGACAAUUAACCAUUGCUAACGAAAAAACGAUUCUGAGCGGAGUUCAGUUAAUAGAGUUGCUUUGUCAAUAAUAUAUAUGUCAUAUUAUGGUAAAACGAUCACAACAAUGUGCGUUUCCCUGACAAUGAUUGUUUAAAAAAGAUUAUAAAUUAAUAAAACCUUAAUAACAAAAGAUAAAUAAAUAAAAACGGUUGCAAAUGACAACUUUAUUUUAAACCUUUUAAUCUUUUUUUAAUCUAUUAUCUCGAAUACUAAUGAGAAUUUUAAAAAAUGACUUCUUUAAAGUACCAUCCAGAGAACAUUUCAACUAAAUCGGAGUAUGCUUUCUGGUAGAAAAAAAUGUCCACAUAAAAAAUAAUAAUAAUAAUAAACAUCAUUGUAAAACAAAUACAUUGUUUGCUCCGUUCAGAAUCUAAAAAAAUAAAAAAAAAACCGAAUUUUUAAGCCUGAUUACCACGACCAAAAUAUCGAUGGACCUCUAGUUUAAUUUAUUAUGGAUAUCAAUUUCAAAAGGGUGCACUAGUGUGCACUGUAUACCCUAUACCAGGGGUCGGCAACGUUUUUGGCGGAAGAGCCAAAAGUUACAAUGUACACAAUUUUCCAGAUUUUAAAGANAAUAAUAAUGAAAUUAAUUAUAAUAAUAUAAUAAAUUUAUGAUAAAAAAAAAAAAAAAAAACGGUUUUUAAUAAUAGGGGAAUACAUCAAUGGGAGCAUUGGCUUUGCAUGUCUUGGCGUGACGGCGUAUGACCAAUUAGUUGUAGAUAGCGUCGCAUCAUAUACAUGGUAUAGGGCCUAUACCAUGUCACUCUAAAUAGCGCUUCUAAUCUAGCUUAAAUUCAACUAUAUUUUUAUAUUGUUUUUUUUAUUAUUUCAAUCGAUCGAAUGCGAAAUAAAUACUGAUUUAGCACUUAUCGAGACCUACACCAUAAUGACAGUGUUCUUUUUCAUACCGACAAUUCAAUAUAAAUUAUAAUGUGCAAUAAUUAAAAAGUAAUAAUUAUGUCAAAUUGAUAAAAAAUAAAUAAAUAAACAUUUCGUUAUCCAUUGAUUAUUUUCAGACUUCAAACACUAUGUAGUUAAAAAAUGUUAUAAUGUCGGUGUUGGUAAAAACCAUGGGUUUAUAUUAUUAUAUACACACACGCCGAGAGCUGCCACCGUUGCUACUGGUAACUGUACUCUCUACUCCUCUGUUGGUCGACGAUGCGUUAAAGUUUUUUUUUUUUUUUAUCGAUCGCCGCUAAAUUAAUCGAAAUACAAAUUCGAAACGGCCGAAUGGUAUUUUAUAUAAUAACAAUAAUAAUACGUGUACGUUUAUUAAUUAUUUGGGAUUAUAAAAAAAAAAAAAAAAAAAUAAUAAAAAAAAUCCGCGUGUACACAUUAUUUUCAGGCUUUAAAACGGAACGCAAUUUAAAAACGCUAGCCGUCCCGCACGGAAAAUAUAAAACCAAACGGACCGUUUAGAAAUUACGAGAGCGAUCGCGGUAUAUUAUGGUAUGUAUACGGAACGGGCCUAACCGGGUUUAUGGUCGUGCGUAUACGUACCUAUUAUAUACAGUAUAAAAACCGUUUUUAAUGUUUCACGAGCGCGGAUGCAACGGCCGUAAUAUACAAGUCGGGCAUGGGAUACGGGCGGAAAAAAACUCGCACCGUCUGUUUAUUUAUUCGCACGCGGCGUGGCAGCGUGAGAAUGGUAUACGAUAGAUACCGGAGUGGUUAGCUAUAUGGUUAUUAUAGACGAUUCAACUAUACGCAUCGGCGCGGUGAUCACCGUCACCACUAUACACGAUCGAUAAUACGAAAAUUGAUAAGAUCGGUAAAGUCCGGGGCGGCACGACGGCAGUUUAAACGACGAGAUCGUUCCGACACGUUAUAAUUAUUGUCGGUCGUAUUGCGUUGCAAUGCGGAAUGCAUUUUCAGCGGGGACGUCGUUUCAGUUUACUUUUCAGGUGUGCCUGAAAUGUCAAACGGGCCAUUUCGAAAUUUCGCCAGGCCGUAUGACAAUAUGACAAAUAUACCGUCAGUGUACAUUAUCCUGUUUUUAAUUUUUUCGAUGAUCGUGGACUGCGUCAAAGUAAAUGAUGCAAUCGAACACUUGAAACAUAAUAGAUAAUUGAUUACUUUGGCCGUGAAAACCAAUGAUGAUAUAAAAAGCAUAGAAAGUUGAAAAAAGACGAAAGAAAAACGAAAAGCACUUAAUAUUUGCAUUUAAAAAUAUAUCAUUCGUACUUCAUAUCUAUGACUCUCGUAUAUUUAAGAAAAACGUUUAAACGUUUAAUUUUUAAUAAGCGGAUACCGCGGCGAUUUUAAACUUUAGCGUGUACACCUACCACGAACUAAGAUUUUAAUAAUUAAACCUGUGGUCAAGACGAUUGUAGAUAUGUCGAUAUAUCGCUUAUCAAAUCGGUCGAUAUAACGGUAUUUGUUUAUUAACCCACGUGUGGUUGUAACCACGGUACACAAUAAACUAACAAUUUAAUCAACAUGAAAUACAAUUUAAUAUAAAUUGAAAAAUUGCACCGUAAUUUUUAUAGCUGCAAUUUUUCACCAGACCGAUUCGGACUAUAUUGAAAGUAAAAAGUGCGACCGCCCCCACUCUGUUCAGUAACUGAUCUUCAGUCGAAAUAUAACUGUAUUUUCCGAAAUUCGAGACAAGUCCGAUACGUAACCCGCCGUUAAAUUUGAUCCGCCAUAUAAUUUCGUUCGGUAUAGUUUGUGAUUCGAUUUGAAAUUGAAUCUACUAAUAUAGUUUUCGACGAUAAAAAUUAUAAUGUACACAUUUUGUUAUACACAAUCUACAUGGGCUGUGCAAAAGCUGUUCACAAAAUAAAAGGCGGACGUAUUUACGCGGCGUUGCAACGGAACUUUUUUCUGAAAUUAAUAAAUUCCGACCUUAUACAUUUUCUUAAUGUAAAAGAUCUAUAGAACAGUAAAGAAUAACAUAAUGCCGGAGAAAAAAAUAUUUUAGAGAUUAUCCGAAAGGAAGACUGCGAUAAACCGGAUAAUACGAUACGAAUAGCGCUAGAUUAGAACGCAAUAGGGAAAAUAUUAUUGAGAAUGCCCAGGGUGAGGGGGAGAACGCGUAGUAAAAUUAACAUAUACGUGUCAUUUCCCGGGGGGUCGACUUAAGAAAACACAUAAUCAAGAUGUACACGCGUAGCUCUGCAUCGCGCCAUUUAUACGCCUUGCAAAUGCGACCGUUAUUUUUACAUUUGGUUUUUCAACAAAAAUGUAAAAAAAUAUCAUAAAAAACGUAACCUUUAUUUCGGCCCGUACGUGAAUGCCUCGCACCCUCAGCACCUCUCGCUAGUGGCGGGCUUGCGGGACUGUACACGUGUCAAAAGGACGUAGAAGCUUUAGGAAAUGCACCAAAUCGGUAGAUGACGGCGAUAGAGAGUUUAUCUGAAUGAAUGGUUGUGAGACGAGAUGUUCCUAGGGGUCGCGAAUAAACGCAAAUAAUAAUAUCAUGCGCGGAUUAAGACAUUUAGAGGAUCCAAAGCGAAACUUUCCAACGAGAUUCUCGUUAAAAGAUUAAUAAUAUUACAUUUUUAAAAACGGUUUUAUUAAAAUGAAUGUUUUAUUAUUUUUAACAAAGUUACUAUAGUAGUGUUUGCUGUAUAUAAUAAUACGAAUAAGUCAUCAACAGACAACGAAAAAUAUCAAAAUAUCAAAGAACAAAGUUAACGGUUAUAGAUGCGUGCAUAAAGAACACACUGUGGUGCAAAAGCCGAGGCUUUGGGAGUCUGAUGGCCCUCUCUGGACCCCCGUUUUAAUCCGGGCUUGAAUAAUUUUAUAAUUUUCCAAAAAAAACGCGAUCUUGAAACUAAAUUUGUCCGAACAAACAUGCUGUACACCGGAUCUGAAAACAUUUUUCGCUAUUCGACGCGCCGCCCUGUUGUUCGCAUUACCCGUAAUACCGUCGCCGCGACGUUAUCGGGUAAUGUGAAAACCGGAGAUAUUUUUUUUGUCCGUCACCGCGUAACCGCCAAGUCGAUUUCCCCGGGGCUCGCGUGACGACGUUGUCGUUCGUCCGGUUGCGUGCCGUACACCGCGGCUGUUAUAGAUAACCGCGCGUUGUGCGCGCCGCCGUUAUACAGCGCGUACGGUGUGACGCAGACGACGACGGCGACGAGACCGUUCGCCCGGAUCUUUUCAACCGCUCGGCGGCGGCCAGACGAGUUAACGAGUUUGUAAUAAUUUAUUAUUAUGAUUUUGUUUUCUUUGUGCCCCGGCUCACGCACACCGGCGUGUACACAUUAUGAAAGUAAUAACACGUCUCGCGGGCGAAACUCGCGCGGUUUUAUUUCACGAUAAUAAUAUAAAAAUGCCCGUCGGGUCGCGAUACCCGCGCAUAGAUACGGAUAUUAUUAUUAAUAAACCGUUCUCGGGCGUAUUUGAUGUUUAUUAAACAAUAAUACGCGCCGCAGUUCUAUGUUUUUUUUUUUCUCUCAUUUACUCUCUUUUAUAAUAUAAUGUUAUUGCGCGCGUGUAUAGCGUCUCUGACGGCGGCGUGGCGAGCGUAACACACGCGACCGACGACGGCUGAGGUCGUUAACGGGUUAAAAAGUUAAGUCAUUUUUUUUACGGUCGUUAUUCGCAACGCGGUCGUACGCCGCGGUCGCCCACGCCGGGUGGACACGACGGCUUUUCUCUCUCGCCGGUCCGCCUGAUCGCCGCCGCGGCCUCGGGUCGCGCACACGUAACAACAACAGCGAUACGCAUUAUUAUUACGAGCGCGCACCACUGUGCUUCCUCGUCCGAGCACUCCGAGCGCGCGUCGUCGUAAUAAUAUCGAAGAAAACGCGUUCGGCGCGAAUUCCGCCGCCGCUCUACGCAGUUUGUUGCGUCGUAAUCGUAACAAUCAUUGCGCGGCGAUCGGACGGAAACCGUUUUGCCGCCGCCGCCGAGUCGGCGCCGGCAGAUCCGAGGGCGAAAACGGCGGGAAUACAAAGCCGCACGGAAACGUGUCUCGGAAGAACCGAGCGAUUAUAAGCGGUCGUAGUACAGCCCGGUGUCCGGUGUUUUUAAAUCUAGAGGAGAUCUAGACGAACGUCGAAUUCGGUUUGCCCGAUAUGGUUCGCGGGGAUCGUCGACCGAUAUACGCGAGGCUUGGUGUCGGUGCUGUGCCCGGGCAAAAAAAAUAAAAAAAAAAGGCCAAACCUGUCCGUUGGGCGUUCACUGAUACGUACGUUCAUUGUAAAAAUAUUCAGUUACAGAACUUAAAGAAUAUACGGACUUACUUUGCACUAUGGUCGUAGGUGAGAAAUCGGGAAGGUAGAAGGGAAACUUAAUGUACAUGCGUACGAAAUGAUUAACGAUUGCUAACGAAAAACGAUUCUGAGCCGAGUUGAAACACGUGUUUUAAAAAGCCGUAAUAUUUAGGGUUUGAAAAUAAUACAUUUCGUAAAUUUUCCCGUUUUUCCUAAGUUUUUUCCCGGUUUUUCCCAUUUGUUAUGAAAACAGCCGAGAAAACCAAAAGACGACCUCCGCGAAGUACCGCCCCAGGCAAAAUUAUUUUCAGAAAAAGUACUACAGUUGAAAAUCGGAGCGAAAUUGCCGUUAGAAAAGUCGUUUACAGAUAAAAAAAAAAAAAUAUACAUAUACAUAUAUAAAUAAACAAAUAUCAUUGUAAAACCAAUACGUGGCUCGUUUCGCUCGGAAUUCAAAACCAUUAUCAAUAUACCGACAUAACGCAGUUGGAUGCGUUCCGGUUCACCUAAUGAACAUAAGUAAAUAUUACAAACGAUUACGUAGCCUAAUACGCGGCUCGGCUUCAAACGCGUCGAUACGUAAUCGUGUGAGAAAAAAUGUUUACCCCCGAAAUUCUUUUGUGUUCCUCGGGACCGCGGCCGGAACAGUUCGCCCCAACCCGACCAUAACUCCAUGUUCCGCCGACGACGGCGUAGACCAUUUAUUGUUCGUCGUAUAACGGCGUAACCGCGCAAACGCGAGUUUAUUAAUAUCUAUCCGUACGCGCGUGUUGGGAAUUUUCGGGAAAAAGAUCACAGGCGGACGAUACCGCACUUUUAACGUUCUCUCGUUCGCCCGCGGCUUUCGUGAUGCAAGGUCGAAGUCACACGGGUGGUUUCGGGCGGGCGCAUCGGGCGAAUUUUAUAUAUCCGCCCACACACGUGUGUGGGUCUAAAAACAAAUACCCGACUAAAUAUUCGAACCGUUGAAAAAAAAUAUACCGUUCGGUUUUCGCUAUAGCGACCUCUGCGCCGCCCCGGGAAUGUCUGCGAGUUCAUCUGCCGAGAGGGAAGAGCUAAAAUCGAUCAUUUUUCCGGGUUUUUUUUUUUUUUUUCCAGUAUUCGAAUUUUUUAGUUAUUAUUAUUAUUUUUUGUACGAAAUUGACAUUCUGUCUUUCCUCUCGGGUACCGAAGAUAUAUACGAUAUUACAGGAAACAGCGGUGGCGAUGGCAGCUCAAAGGAGUUACGUUUGAAUCACGUGUAUAUGUGAUUCACAAAAAAAAAACGGGUUGGCGGGUCGUGAAAGUCUGGGCGUUCAGAAAUAUAACAAUAAUUAUUUUGCUGGUACAAAAUAAAAUUCACAAGAACCUUAGUCAAAGAACAAUUUAAUAUUGCGGAAAUUUGAUAAAUUUGACGAAUUUGAUUGAAAUUCGUGAUAGUGUGGGGGUUAGAGCGGGUGAGUGGAGUGUACAAUUGUUGAUUCAGUGGAAAAAUACUUCAAGCCGCUACUGGGAAGUAGGCGCGUUUAACGCAGGGACGGAUCCAGGCAGGGCCCAGAUAUUAUUUCUCCGGUGUUUCUUUUAUAAUUCUCUAGAUCCUGAUAUUAUUAAAUUCCAAUCACCGAUAUGUAUGAUGAAAUAUUUCAUAAUCAUAUUAUACUUUAAGUGAAAUUUGUGUUGUGAAAAAAUUAUUACCCCACCCAACAGAUUUUCGCUCUGGAUCCGUGUCUACUAUAACGACUACUAUCUCGCCCGCGCACGGUGACGAUAUUAUCCCGUACCCGAUCGACGAGACGCGGGACGUUCGUAACGCGCGGAAAACCCGUAGUUUUCAUCGUCGCCGUCGUCGUCGUUAUCAGUUAUUAUCACCUCGUGUAAACGCGCGAGAUUUCACCGCUCGAAAAUCGAAAUUCGCUUAUCGUCGAGUGCUCUCCGCAACUCCGCGGGGGCGACACGUUACGAUCGGGUCCCCGCGGCGUCGUCGUGUCGCCGUUGCGGCGGGUAAGGGCGGGGGACGGGCUAUAACGGCAGUGGUACGCAGUGCUCUAUACAUAUCUACGCAAACACCCGAAAUCGAUCGCGGACGCGAAAAUUCCGCAAACUCGAGUUUACCUAUACGUAUAUAUUUAUAAAUAUCUGCCGGGAGCGAGCGUGCCAUUUCCGGGAAAAGACUGCUCCCCCCCCACCCUAUCUCACCCUCGGGAGGGUGACCGCCGCCCGCGGGUCCCACGUGCAGCGAGACGGACCCGGAGCCGCGGGUCGUUUCACGCGGACGGCACCACCCUCUCUUACGCGGCUCUGAAUAUCGCGCGCGGUCGUGUAUUCGGCGGCGGAUGUAGCGUGUACCGUCGCGUAUUAUUGUGCAAAAAAAAAAACGCCGAAAAAUCCGGGCUCGUAAGCCCGGGGCUCUGGUCAAAAGGGGCCAGUCUCGUCGUUUUUCAUCUAUUUCGGGAAAUUAAGAACGAAACGCGAUUUCGGGCCUAUUCGAUAUUGCAAUGGUAAUUUUCCUAACGACAUUGGUCUUCUCAGAGCUCACAAUAACGAUUAUUGAGUCCCCGCGUAACCGAAAGCCGGAACCCUGCAUAAAUCAAUUGGGAAAAAAGUUCACAAUUCGAGCGGUACGAGUGUAGAAAAAUUGAAAUUUUUUAAAAUCAACGUGUUUGCACUCCGAAGUUCCGAAUUUACGUUCGGAAUCCAUACGUAGAAAAACGUUCCGAUUACUGCGGUGUAGGCAGGGAACGUAUACGGUGUACCGCCGGGCGGGGAGUCUUUCCCGUUUUCUUUGUUUCCGUUAAAAAGCGUUUGCCGAGAGAAGGAAAACGCACCUCGGUAAAAUUUAAAUUAUAAUAAUACAGUAUCUUCGGUACACUCGGUAUCUAAAAUAUCCCGGAUGAGAUGUCGACGUCGCGGUAUAAAAUAUUAAAAAAAAAAAAAAAAAAAAAAAAAAAAAAAGGAAAUAAAGGUAUUUCGGCUUCGUCGGCAUUUUCAUCUCUCCGCGUAGCGUCUUUUUUUUUCUUUUUUUUUUUUUUUUUUUUUUUAAAAACCCCCCCCCCCCCCCCCCACGAACAACGUUCGUCCCUUCUUCGACAUUCGCCGCGUGCCGCGAUUAUUAUCACGAUUCGCAUACGCGCGUGCAUACACAUAAAUACAAUUACGGGGCAAUACCGCGAGUCGCAUCACUCAGUCACACCGGCGUCGGCGGCGGGGCGGGCGCCGGGGAGGGAGCCGCGGCCGUCGGGCGGCGGUGCAGCGCAACACUGUUGUAGUGUUUCGUCGUUUCGUAACGGCACCGAAAUCGAUCGGAACGGGGACGGGGGGGAGGGGGAAAUUUCGCAAACUCCGAGUUUACCUGUACGGUUCCACGCGGCGCGCGCGCGCGCGCGCGUGUGUGUGUGUGCGCGCGCUCCGGAAAAACGACGGCGGCGUCAUAACGCGCAGGAAUCGUUCUUGACGGCGGCGGCGGCGGCGGCGGCGGCGGAGCAGAGACCGACUCGCGGCGCACAACACCUUGUACAUUAUCGCCCGUAUGCGCGCACAUUACGCGUAUUAAUAUAAUACGCGCGCGCCGCUCGUUUCCUUUUUCGGAUUAAACCUCUGCACACGCGACGCACACACGCCGGUUUUUUUUUUAUUUUUUUUUAUUUAUUUACCCAUUAUUCUCUUCUUUGCACUCGUCGCGUACGUACGUGGCCGCGCGAUAAACAACAUCAUGCGCGUACGCGCGUUAUAUUGGCGCGCGUUCGUCCCGUCCGGUGCAGCGGCGCGCCGGGGAGUACAAUGCGAGUGCAGCGCGGCGCGCACAAUAGCCGCGUGCUGUUCAAUUCUCGUCGUGCACCGUGCCGCCGUCGUCGUCGCGUCCGAAAAUGGUCUCGGUCAGAAGAAACUUUCACAUUCACCUAACGCAUUGUAGUUUAUUAUUAUUGUUAUUAUUUUUUAUCGCGCGCGAAAAAAAAACGGAAACGAAUAAAUACAAAAACGACCGCGGGUACGUUAUUGUUAUUGUGAUGCCGGGCGUCCGCGCGCGUUAUCGGCCAGAUAUUAUUGUCAUUGUUAUGCUGCCGGGCGUCCGAACGAGAUCCGAAAACUGCAGUGUCGUUUGCGUAAUAAUAACCGCGGCGCCGCGAUCCAUUGUUUCCCCGGCCGCCGCGUCCCCGUCGUCGGGAGUCCCGGGCGAAAGGCGUCCGACAACAACAGGUCGUAACGGCCGGGUCGUUCGCGGUUUCUUAUUCCUUUUUUUUCCCCCGUCCUCUUCGUUCUUUCCAAUGUUUUUUCGACGUUUCUGUUGUAAACUCUGUCGCCCACGGCAUCACUCCGCGGCCGCGGGUGCCCGCGAUACCAUCGGCUCGCACGAUCUCGGCCGGCGCGGGGCUCGCGGCAGUCACAUUGGUAAUAUUUCAUCGCGCCCGUUUCGAAAACGGCCGUUCGCUAUUGUAUUGUUAUUGUGUGUCCGGUCGCCCGCGCACAGUGAUUUUAGACUCCGAGCGCGGCCAGCAACGCUGUCGCGGCGUUUGUUUAACGCUAUGGUCGUUGCGUUGUUAAUUUUCCCGUCCGAGCGAGGAACGUAUUGUAUCCGCAAUGACGUUUAUUUUAUUUUUUAUGCGAACGCUUUUUUCUACCCGGAAUCUUACCCCGGUCAUCUGGUAUAGGUUAGGUUAGGCACUUUUCCCGAAAGGAAAUGUUCUCCGGGCGGUACAUUAGAGAGCUCACUUUUUGAAAUUCUCACAUUGAUAUUCGAGAUGACGAGGAAAACCUGGUUCUUAGAGUUAAAAAAGAUCGAAAGAUAAAAAAUAACGCUGUCAUUAGCAACCGUUUUUUUUUUUUUUUUUUAUUAAUUUAUUUUUAUUGUUGAGUUUUUAUUAUUUUAAAUCUUUUUUAAACAAUCAUUGUUGUCACGAAAACGCACAUUGUCGUACUAAUUUGGCCAUAAUACCUAUAUAUUGUCGACAAAGCGACACUGUCAACUGAACUCCGCUCAGAAUAGUUUUUACGUUAGCAAUAAUGGUUAAUCGUUGCUUACAGGUAUAUAUUGAAUUCCCGUCUGUAUCCUACCUUCUCAACUUCCCACCUACAACAGUGGCUGCACCCACGUUCGAAAUAUGUCCUUCUUUUCUUUUUUUUUUUCAUGCUUGCGAAACAAGUUUUAUACCAGAAAUGUCGUUCCGAUUUUCUAGCGUCUUUUCAGAAUGCGAUUCUGUGAGUUGAGGUGGUCGUUUUUUGAUUUCCCCCGUGGUUCUCAUAAUAAUUAGGAAAGGCGUAGAGAAAAACCGAACGAAUUUUACGACAAUGACGGUUUCAUUGUAACAUCUAAGAACACCUGCAAACCAUUUUGAAGAUUUUUGAGCUGUUCAGGCAUUUGACGUUAUCGAGUUUUAGUAUUGAUUUGGUUUUACGCUGACGAUAAUGUUUUGGCCGAGUAGAAAUGCUUGGACAUUUUAUACGGAGUUCAUCUUAAGUUGUGUUCUGAGGUAAAAGAAAUAAAUAAAAAUAGGACAAAAUGUAAGUAGCGGUUUUUUAAAGUUCAGAUGUUAACGAAAAUCUGGGCGUUUCAAAACACAUGUUUAACCGAACUUCGCUCAGAAUUAUAUUUCGAUAGAGGUGAUUUUUCGCGUACUGAUAUAAAUUAAAUACGUUUUAUAAAUGAAAAAAAAAACACUCGAAAAAUAUGUAUAUCAUCGAUUUUUAUGCCGUGGGAGUGAAUGUUUUACAGAAUCCACUAUUACUGACUUUUGUUUUGCAAACAAAAAUCUCACGAUAACCUAUAUUGAAGUUUUGAUUAUUUUCAGCCUACACACUAAAAGUUUGAUAUUUUUGACAGACUACACUACCAGGUUGCUUUAUUCUUUUUAAUAACCAAAAUUCAAAAGCUCUCAUAUAUACACUACCGCUCAUUUGUCAUCGAACUGUAAUAACGUAUUGGAGUUUAUUUGACAGAGCUUUACACGCAGUCGGAACAUAAUUUGAAUUUGAACCUUUAAACUAAACGUCAACAUUAUUUUUUUAAAAAAAAGUCAGAGGCAUAAAGUUUUUUAAUUUAGUUGUACACGACGAUAAAUCAAGGUUAAACGAUUCGGAGUAAAGGUCCUUUCAAUACCUGCACGUACUGAGAAGUCGCGAUAUUUUCGCCAUUUAUUGCUAUUUACCUAUGGCUAUUUUUCCGCCGAUUAUUCUACACACCACUACGAAAACCCACAAGGAAUAACGAAAAACGAACUGCUCUUUCAUCAGCUAGACACGGUCAUUCGCUACCCUCACCACCCCUGAUGAUCGGACCGAGAUUUCUGGUAGAAAAAAAAAAAAGUCGUCUGUACACAAAUAGAGGAAAACAACGCGCGUCACAGCGAAACCGUAAAACAAGAGCGUAGCAAGGUUACGCGUUGCGGAAUGUAAAAUCUGGUUUUAUCAACAGGUAUGCGUUGUUGAAAAACAAUAUUGCGUCGCCCCGUUCGGGCACCGCUGCAGAUUUAACAUUAUUUAUAUACGCAAACGAAAGCGAUGGCAAGCACUCGAAUGACGGCUGAAUACGCGAUGUAUUAUUUCCGAUUUUCGCACAAUAACAUAUCGAAUUCCACCGAAUACACCGAGUCCGAUAAACUUCGCGCGGAGUGUUUUUUAUACGCAAAAUCGAUCGCUGUGUACCGUGCAUGUGUAUAUAUAUAUAUAUACAUAUGUAUAAAUAGCACGCACGUAAUAUUUUACGGGCCGGGCGCGAGUUCGGAGGGCAUAUUAUUGUGACGCGGUGAAAGUGGUCCGAUUAUUUUUGCCCCGUGUGUCUUGACGUUUUUCCUUUCGCCCCGAACGCAAUACGAAUAUCCGCAUAUCGGCUGUACGCGCGUGUUUGUUACACUAUCGAAUACGAACGUCGCGAAAACUUUCGUCCGAACACCUACACCGGGCCGGCCGGGCGACGAUUACCCGGGAGAAUUAAAAAAAAAAAAAAAAAAAAAAACAUUUUUAUUUUUAUUAAACGACGGCCAAAAACCGUUUUCGAAGGUGUUUUUUUUUUUUUACGGCCGUUUUUCGCCGCCGGUAAAUUGUGCCCGUAAUAAAUAUUUGCAUACAUUACGGGCGCUCGGCCUCGUAUAGAUACGCUAUACGGCGUGAGAGAGGGUCGGCGAAAUACAAAAAAAAAACUCGUUUUCUUCGUCCCGCUCGCGCUCCCACCCCCUCCACCCGCCCCGUUCGUCGCCGUUGACGGGUUCUUCUCCGCGCGUAAAAAAUAACCGCGGCGCGUCCGUCCCGCGCCGCCGGAGCGCAUUGCGGCCUACGCAACGUUUACGUGCGGCGUGCCGCCGCCGCCGCCACCGAUCCCCGGGCCCGCAGAGCCCGACCUUCGACGGCGGCGUCGACGUCGGCCGGACAGAUGUUCUUCUCGGCGUCCGUGACCCGGCCCCGCGAAACACGACGUGAUACGCGACGUCUUACGACGCGCGCGAGCGCCGGAACCGCCUGUAUCGGAUGUGUGGAUACAUUUCGUGCGCCUGUAAACGGCCAUGUGUUUUCCCGUGGUUAGGCGUUCUCCAAGCGCGACGCCGAUCGGCGAGCGCCGACGGGCGGUCGGGCGGCGCCUGGACUUCUCCGCUGCGCCCCCGGGGGAAGUGGCCGUCCCCGUGCGCAAACUGCACUCGUAUUAGGCGCCGUGUUUAAGUGGGGGGGGGAAAUAAACGAUUAAAUAAAAAGACCGGCGCCGCUGCCGGUUGCCGUGCCACCGUAUUGGUGGACAGGGAAGUGUGAAAGGAUAACUAAAGAGAGCAAUUCAAUUAAUAUCCGUGUAUGUGGUGACGAAAGAGCAGUCGCUGAAAAGAAAAAAAAAACGAUUCUGAGCGCGGAGUGUUGUUAAUAGUAUAUAUUUUUCGACGUAGUAAAACCGAUAAAUCCGUCGUCUCGCUCGGCAUCCCGCGAAAAAUAAAUGAACACGAAAUUAUCAUUACUUAUACAUGCAUAAAAACGAGGGAAUGCGAAGGACUAGGUUUUUUUUGUGGGUGGGGGGCGAUUGGGGAUUUUCCGGCACGUAAUCUGUAUUUAACUACGCGCGCAGCUUGGUAGUGUAAUCUUUUCGGUGUACCUACGCCUCCCUAUUUAUUAUUAUAUUCCGCGAUAAGGACUUUUCGAAAUUAAUUUAUCACCCGCGAGUUAAUUAAAGGACCCGAUAUCGCAGAUAUAGCAGUGAAAUUAUUAGUAUUAUUAUUAUUUAUAUUCCAUUUAUAAUAAAAUAUUAUGGUAAUUUCCAACGAAACCUCAUUAAUCAACUUCAAUAAAAAAAAAAAAAAAAAAAGAAAAAAAAAAAAGUAUAUUGCAGCGUUCGGUUUUUAUUUUAUUUUAUUUUUUCUUUCAUUAUCGAUUUGUAUAAUGUGAUAAAUUCGUUUCUAUGCAUUUAAACGGAUAUCGAUGCUGUAAACAUAGCGUAUAGGUAGAAUAUAUGCUGUAACGUUGAAACGCUAGUAGUCGCAGCGGUAUAUUAUAUUAGCAAUCCGACUAUAUUUGUUUAGGACGUAAAAAAAUAUAUGUAUUUAUGCAUUGCCCACAUAAAAUUGGAACCUCGGGUUGUUAUACCUAAUAUUGUGAAAUAAACGUAUUAUUUCCUGUUCGGACUGUAUAAUAUACUGCAAUACGCGCGUAAAAUAAUAUUCGUCAUCACUAGAGGCCGGAUUUGAUUGCAUUUAAAACACACAAAAAUUGCAUAUUAAAAUUAUAUAUUCGCACCGAUAAAUACGUACAAAUCGCAUAAUAAAUUGCACAAUAAAAAUGUAAAAGUUAUGCAAAAAAAAAAUUAGAUAAAUGUUACUUUUUUUUUAUUUUAACUAAAAUUGAUAAUUAGAUACAUUUCUAAAUUGUUUUCAUUAAAAUUAAAUCUUCGAUUGCUUAAAAUAUGUUUGUACAAAGAAAAACUACGUUCUACGUUUACACUAGUUAUUGGUGCAUAUUUAAAACAAUUUAAUAAAGUAGGCGUUAUAUCUAAAUUAACAUUUGCUUUACCUGACAAGACUUCAUAGUAUGACAUAAAGUUUUAUACCCUUCAUUUUUUUCAAUUACAUACAUAAAUUGUUCUUUAAUUUUUUUUCCCCAUUUGUACCGGGAAUAUUUGUUAAAAUAUUUUUAAUUUUUCUAAAAAUAUCCAUGCUUUUCAGUAGUUCACUAUUAGAUUCUUCCAAAUUUUUAAGAUUCAUGGACAAGUGUAAUUUUAUGAAUGCUAAACGACAUUUGACUACAUUAUUUUGUACAAGCUGCUUCAGCUUUUCGACACUUGUAGCAUCAUCUGUUAAACAUUCAAUCACGUUUUUAAACUCUUCAAAAUUAUUUGCAUAGAAAAGUGCAGCGUUUUACCAUGUUCCCCAUCUUGUAAUAAUAGGUUCGGGUGGUAAAGGUAUACCCGGCAUUUCUUUUCUGUAUUUAUUUAUUCUCGAUGGUGCUUUUAGGAAAGCUUCAUUUCCUGAAAUAAACCAAACAAGUUGCAUAUGUAUUUAAAUUUUAAAUUAAUAUAUUAACAUUGUUAAUCAAUUCAAUAAUGUCGGGAUUUAAUUUUCGAAUUUUCUCUAGAGCUCUAUUAACUACGUGCGCCAUACAUGUAAUAUGAAUUAAUUUCGGAAAAAUAUUUUUAAUGUUUUCGCUACUUUGAUCAUAUGAGUACCAGCAUCACUAAUAAAAAUCAAUACUUUUUGUUCAAUACCAGGAAAUAUUUUUAACGAGGAAUUAAUAAACUGACAAAUAGUUUCAUAAUUGGUGGAUUCUAGUUCUUUACGUGCAAUUAUAUAUGGUUUGCUAAGCGUCCCAUCUAAUUUACCAAAUAAUAAAUUUGCAAUAGCCAAACCAAAGCGAAAAGAGCAUAUUUUAUUAUAUGAAAAAUUAAAAAAAUUCUUUAUACAAACCCCUUAGAUCGGUUGUUUCCCCAACAAUCAUGUAAACGUAAUUAUUUCCAAUAUCACUAAUUAUUUGGUCCAUAACGCUUUUAUAAAUAUUUGGUAUGUAAAUUUUUCUCUUAAAGUGCUUUCGUCCGGAAUUGAUUUGCCAGUAUGUUUUUCAAUAUUGAUUUUAGCACAUGAUUGCCCAGCUUAUGCAAAGGAAUAUUUGCAGCAACAAAUGCAUUACGUUAAUCUUCAAAAAAUACAUUUUUACUAUUCGAAUUUUGAGAAUUUUAAUCAAAAGCUGUUUUUUUUUCUUUAUUCCGUUGUAAUGCAUUUAUGUGUUGAACUAAAAUAAAAAAAUAUACAUGUAUUUUUUUAAAUAUUAUGCAGUAUACGAGUAUUACGUGUAGAAUGAGGAUAAAAUACAAAACUUACUUGUUUUGGAAUGAUGAUCUAAUACAGCGGUUCUCAACCUUUUUAUAGUCGCGUACCACCUACACCACUUGAAAAUUUCUACGUACCACCUGACCAUUUUUUUGCUUAUUAAUAAUAUAUACGUUUAUGUUACAUGUAUAGAAUUUUAUUUUAUUAGGAAUUACAAAAUGAGAUAAUAUAAAAUAAAUAUGUAUAUAUAAUAAACUAUAAAGUAAUUAAUGCACAAAAAGAAAUUAAAUUAAAUCAAAUUAAAUAUGUAAAAUUAUUAUAAUUAUUAUGGUUUACUUUUUACUUCAAUGAGACGAUUGGUGUUGUUUUGAACGAACGAUGACAUCAAUAUCGGGCUCCAAAUUGGUAACUUUAAGUCUUAAAUCACUUUCUACGUUUAAUCUACUUCUAUAUUUAUUUUUUAUGUACAAUAAGUCAGAAAAUGUUUUUUCGCACAGAUAUGUUGAUACAAAAGGGAUUAAAAACUGUAAAGCUUGUGUGGACAAUGCCGAGUAUUCUUUUUUCACGUCCAGCCAAAAAUUAGUGAUAUUUUUGUUAUUGAAAGCGGUUUUUAGGGUAGAGUCACUGGUUAAGUCAAUAAAUAAUUCUUUUGCCAAAAUGCCAUCUGGAAUAUUCUUAAUAUAAUCAUCUACGAAAGGGUUUAUGAUCCAUUUCAUUUCUGAGUUAUCCUCAGGGAAAUAUUGUAAAACAUUGGAUUUUAGUGAUUGUAGGUGUUCCGAAAUGUCUGUAAUUAUAUUUGAAUUUGGCUGAACUUUGUUAUCGUUCCAAAAUGUGUUAAGUGUCUCGAAUGCUGAAAGAUCAUUCUUAGAUACUUGCGAAAUAAAUAAAUCCAACUUUCUCACAAAUGCAUUAACUUUAUCACUAGUAUAAAACAUGUUUGUGUUUGAUCCUUGCAGACUUAAAUUUAAAAUAUUUAAACGGUCAAAUAUGUCAGCCAUGUAAGCUAGUCUUGACAGCCAUUCGACAUCACAAAACAAUUUGGACUUUUCUUCAUCAAUAUCAGUCAGAAUUAAUAAAACUUCUGACCUUAGCUCGAAUAGUCUGGUGAGGACUUUUCCUCGUGAAAGCCACCUUACCUCUGUGUGGAGAAGAAGAGAGUUAUGAGUACUGCCCAUUUCGUUACAUAAUACUGUGAAUAAUCUUGAAUUGAGAGGUCUGGCUUUGAUUAGAUUUACGAUUUUGACAGCACUAUCAAGAACUAAUUUUAAACUUCUAGGCAUGUUUUUGGAUGCUAAUGCUUGCCGGUGAAUCAUGCAAUGCAUAGUUUUACAUAAUGGGGCAACUUUUUUUAUUCUUGUUGCAACUCCGGUCAGCCUUCCAGUCAUUGCCCUUGCUCCAUCAGAACAAAAACCCACACAUUUACUCCACGGCAGAUCUAUUUCAAUCAANGCAAUAUCAGUACUCUCAUCAAUUUGUAGAGCAAAGAAAUUACAAUCUUUCACAUAAAGCAAUAUUUUUUCUUUUAUAUUCGACGACAUGUCAUCAAUUCUUCUUUUGACUGUAUCGUUUGAAAGUGACACUUUUUCUAUCUCUUUUGCAGCCUUGUCUCCAAGAACACAUCGCACGAUUUCUUUUGCUGCUGGCAACACUAAUGUUUCCCCAAUUGUGUGUGGUUUUCCAUCUUUAGCAAUAAUUAAACUUGCUAAAUAAGAUGCUUUAACGAUAUUUUCAUUAAAGUUCGUAAAACUAGACAUGCAUUUCGAUUCCUUUCGGAAAAUAGUAACUUUUCUCUGAAAAAAUUCAAUAGGUUUAUUUUCUGUUUCUGGAUGCUUCGAUAAUUGGUGGCGCUUAAGUAGCGAUGGCUUCAUGCUUUGAUUCGAAAGUGUUUCUUGACAAAUUACACAUUGAGGUAACGGAGUAGAAUUCUCAGAACCAAAUUUUACAACGAAUCCAAAUUGUAAGUAACUAUCGUCAUAUUUACGAUUCGCCUGUGUUUUCUGUUUUUUAGUAUUUGAGCUUCCGCUUUCGAAAAAUCUUUUCAUUUUACUUAAUUUUAUAUCACAAAAAAGUUAGAAAAAACUACAUAAAAAUGUAAAAUUUUAAUAUAAAAUAAACUUGAUGCAAACAAUUCGUAUGACACUCGUGAAUAAACUGAAAGAACUCACGAAACUAAGGUAAAAACGCAUUAUUGUGAAUUAAGAAUACGCUUUAUCGGGUAUAUUUGAUAAAGUUUAUCGAUUUAUAUUAUAUAUAUAUAGAAUAUCGCUAUCUUAAUUGCUACGAUUACAAACGACCUCCACACCAUCAAAUAAACCAAAUAAUAUUUAAUGAUUCAUUCCAAAUUUUUUUAUAAAGAGAAAUUUUCUUCGCGUACCACCUAUGAGCUUUUCGCGUACCACUAGUGGUACGCGUACCAUAGGUUGAGAACCGCUGAUCUAAUAGAUAUAGAUAUUUUAUUUUAGUUGACACAGAUUUGUUACAUACGAAACAAUAUAUUACCUGUCCCUCUGAUGAAAUUACUUCUUUAUUUUCAUUUAAGGAGCAAUCCAGUUUGAAAUUUUACCUUUUUAAAGUUGAUUUUAUUUUAGGCUUUAUGGCGAAUACGUUCACUGUGCGGCCAAACUGAUUAAUGGAAUAGGUACUAGGGUACCAACAGGUAAACGUAUUACUACGUUGAAUCUAAUUACCACCAUAUAUAUGUAGAGACGUUUAUCGCUCGCUGGGCUCUCCAAGCUUCUAGAAAAUUCCAGACGAACGAUAAACGCCUAUGAUUUAAAAACGUGGGAAAAUUGUAAAAACGUCGAAAAUUGAAAAAAAUUGCAUUAUACAAUUAAAUAGGCGGAAUAUUUUACGUACAUAUCGGCCUUAAAUUUAAUCAUAUCUGAUUUAUCUUUAUUGCAAAAAAAGUCGCAAUAUCAUUAAAUCCGGUUUUUAGUCAUCACUAUCAAUAGUAAUCUUCUUUUUUUUUUUUCCAAUUAGUUUCCAAUCAAAUCAGUUUUCACAUUGCUAUCCCAUCUUUUAUUAACAAGUAUAAUUAAGUUAUGUUUUGUAAAUGUCGUUUUUCCCUUCGAGGGGCAGGCUCACGUUAUUAACUGUACUAAAUAAAACUAUUGAGAGAGGCUAGCGGUAGGACCGCGUCACCUCCUGACAUUAUGCUAAUUUAAUUUAACCUGUACUCGACCUUGAGCCGACGGCUGGGUCUUGUUGUGUGCACACUUUGGCGCCCAGGACUGAUGAGGCGGCUGCUCUUAUGGCAGCUGGUCAGCCCAAAUCGACAGUUGUCUUAGCGUUAGUAGUAGACGUGUGGAAUAAUGAUAAUAUUAUAACAUAAUAUUUACAACAGUUUAACAGUUAUAUUAUAACAGUUAACUGCGAUAUUGUCGUUUUUAACGCAUUAUAGACGAUUAAUUGCCGGGCAAAAAACGAUCAAGACGAAUGUUCCUAACGCAUUAUAGAUUCGUUUUUGAAAUCGAAAUCGAUGAAACUAUGUAUUAUAUGUUUUUAUACAGUUCUCACGAUAUUAUAAUAUUGAAUUAUACUGGAUUGCUGACUAGAGUGACAAGUGUCCGCCAUUUCUGUGGGAAUUAUGGCGAUAAAGGUGAUACGUCGGUCUAUCCAUCUGUUAUUACUCUUAUUUACAGUAUCCUUUAUGAACAUCUGAUAUCAUAAUAAUACGUAUAUGCAUGAUGGCGUGAUGCGAUUAUAAUCCCCAAACAGACGGAGGAUUACAGUAUAAUUGUCGGAAAAAAUAAUAAGUAAUCAGACACACAAUUUAAACGUUUCCAACCUUUCCCUCCCGAAAUAUUAUAUCAGGUACCUACAGGUACACAAUCAUUUCGUAAUAUGGUUCUUAACAAUUGUUUGUUAUAUCUAAGCCACGUGACUUUUCUGCUUCGAAAUGUCACCUGUCCGACGUGGCAUUUUUCAUUUACCCGGUCUUUUAUUUUUUACCGACGUGAUGGUUUUUCAUUAACGACUAAAGGUAUUAAAUUUUCACUCGGGACAUCAACUAUUUCCUUAUAGCACUAUCGGGUUUGGACGUAUGAAAGACACUUUUUUUCUUACUUCGGUAAUGUUGCUGCGGAGAAAUCGUGUGGCUCCCUUACCAUUUUUCAAAAAAUUGCGUACUCAUAUAAUACUAUAUUUUACCGAUUCGAUUUUAGAUUCUGAGUGUAACGAAGAAGCUUAUGGUUUUACAUAAAUGUUUAUUUUUUUUUAUCUAUGUGCAACUUUUCUACCAGAAAUCUUGCUCCAAUUAUUAAGUGUAGCAACUUUUCUAAAAAUAAAUCAGACUGGGGAUGUACUUUAGAGAACUCUUUUUUUAAUUUUCCCAACACAUUUGAAAAACCUCCCGAAAAAAAACCUGAGGUAAAACGAGAUAAUGUAUGAAAUGUAUUAGUAAAAUAUUAUGAUUUUUAAUCUGAGGAUAACUUUUCUAUCAGCAAUUUUGCUCCGAUUUACAAUGAUAACAUUACAUUUAGAAGGAAAUCUCACUCAAAAAGGUUUUUUAGAGAGGUAAAUUUUUUGAUUUUUCCAGGAUUUUUAUCAAAAUAUAGAAAAAACCAUGGAAAAAAAUAAACAUCUUUAUAAAACCACAAGCUUCACUGAUAAUCUAAAAUAAUGAUGAUAAAAACAAUAAAAACAAUGAAUCAUAAUCAGCAUUUUAAUAAGAAGCAUAAUAGGUAAUAAUAAAUAUAAUGAUCACUUAAUAAUAAUCACCAAUAAUAAUAACGAGCAAUUUAAUAAUAAUAAUCAAAUCAGCAUCAUAAUAAUCAUUAAUACUUUUAAUAAUAUCAAUUAACAAUAAUAAUAAUCAUCAACAAACAUCCUUAUUAAAAUUAUGAUUAUGAUUAUUGUUGGUUAUUUUAUUUAAAUGUUGAUUACGAUAUUUGUUGAUGGUUGUUAUAAGUAUUCUGAUUAUUAUUAUUAUUGAUUUAUAUUAUUAAAAACAUUGAUGAUUAUUAUGAUGCUGAUUUGAUUAUUAUUAUUAAAAUGCCCAUUAUUAUUAUUGCUGACUAUGAUUAUAGUUUUUAAAAUGCUCAUUAUUAUUAUUACUUUAAUUUUUUAAAUUCUAAGUGUAAUGAAGAAUAUAUUGGUUUUACAAAGAUGUUUAUUAUUUUUAUUUUUUAUGUGAACAAUUUUCCUAUCAGAAAGCUUACUUCAUUGUAUACGAUGUAGACUUAUUUGAAAAUAAAUUUUCUUGGGACGGUACUUUUCUACCAGCAAAUUUGCUUCGAUUUACAAUGAUAGCAGUUUUUCUGAAAGUAAAUCUGACCAGGGUGGUACUUUGAAUAGGUAAUUUUUCGAUUUUCUCAAGAGUUUUCCCAGAAAAUUUGAAAACAUGGGAAAACCGGGAAAAGCGUAGGAAAAAUGGGAAAAUCGGUACAAUAUUAAACAAAUAUUAUUAAAAAAAAGCAUCACUACCAACUGAACUUCACUCAGAAUCGUUUUUUCAUUAGCAAUGGUUUAUCGUUACUUACAGGUAUAUACAUUAAAUUACCAAAAACAGUGGCUAAAACAUCUAUCUCCAUUAUCCUAGGUCAAUUAUUUUUACCUCAUUAAAAAUAUAUUGUAUCAAAAAAUGAAUAACUAUGCUACCGAUAUCAUUUUACGAUAACUACAAGCUUUCGUUCUGUGUCCGGUAUAUAAUAUUGUAAUUAUUCAGAGAGAAUAACGUCUAAUUAUUAUGAACCUUAUGCGUGUGACGGAUUUAAUUCGGUUUAUUACAGAAAACUUCUACGAUGCGAUUAAGAUCACUCGAAUUUUUUUCUUUGAAAAAUUAUCAUCUUUGAAAUAAAAACAUGACGCGCGGAUCGAUGAAAUCGGACCCAAUAACAUCAGAUUGUUAAAUACAGAGAUAUGAAUGCAUAAAUCGAACGGAAAUCUUUCUGGAUUUAUGUUCGACGAACACGUAGUUGAGGACGAGGAUGUGGUUGAGAUCGUGAAUAAUAAUGUCAUUCGAUUAAAUAACCGUCUUGUUUGCGAUCUAAUUAAAAAUAAUUCUUACUUGAUCUUUUAAUUGUUUUAUGCGAGGGGGGGAGGAGGUAAUUUAUUAUACAUAUUGCUCGAUUCAAUGUACAUUUUAGAUUAGUUCGAUAUUCCAAUGGACCAAUAGUUGACAGCGCGAGCACCUCUCGAGCAAGUGUCGCGGAUACUAUACGAGGUCUGGCUAUUAAAUAACGAGACUGCCUAUGAAAAAUGGUUUUAUUUUAAAAAUUAUUCCACAACCAAAUGUUCCCCUUCAAUAUACUCUCCUCCCCUCUUCACACACCGUUUCAUUCGUUUCUUCCAUUGCUCGAGGCAGUGCUGGAAGUCUGUUUUCGUAACACCAUUCAGGAGUUCCGCCGAUUUUUGUUUCACCUCUUCCAUCGAUUCAAACCGGAUUCCUUUUAAGGCAGACUUUAUCUCCGGAAACAAGUAAAAGUCGCAGGGUGCCAAGUCGGGUGAGUAAGACGNGUGCGUUAUCCUGGUGCAAGAUCCACGACUUGUUUUUCCACAAUAUCGACCGUUUCUUACGAACUCAUUCGCGCAAUGUUGCCAAAACUGUCAAAUAGUAAUGUUGGUUCACAGUUUGACCCUCUGGAACCCAUUCAGUCAUCACGAUGCCGUUGAUAUCGAAGAAAACGAUCAGCAUGGUUUUGAAUUUGGAUUACGACUGAAUUGGAUUCCGGUGCACUCUCGACCUUCAGAAAAUAAUUUAUGCCACUCAAAAACACGCGCCCGAGAUAGGAAAUCCUCACUAUAGGCUUCUUUUAACAACUUAUAGCACUCAGUUGGAGUUUUUUUCAGUUUAACGAGAAAAUUUUACGUUUAUCCGUUGCUCAUGUUUUUUGUCACACAUCGUUUUCGGCAAGAGAAAAAAACAUGUUCGUUUCUAAACGCUACAGAAAAAAUACUAACGCACCAACAAAAUCCCAAUUUUGUACUGGCAUAAUAGACACUUCCAGCUAACCAGCGCUGUAUUCGGUUUCCCCCUAACCUUUUUGGGACGCUCUCUGCGUGCUCAGUCUCGUUGUUUAAUAGCCAAACCUCGUAUUUACAAUCGACAAACGUAUUUACGCUUUUACGGCAAACCAAGUGUAUAUAUAUAUAUAUACGAAAUCGUACAAGCAGGUGGAAUCCCCCGUAACUAGAUUCUGGCAAGUCCCCUACAACGUCGUACUUAAACAUCAAAGGCACCACGCGCGUAUAAUGCAACGACGACGACUUCAUUUUCCCGUCGCGUCGUAAUUACUCGUAUACGUAUACCAUCGCGUAUACCUGCACAAACGGAAGGUGUCAGUUUUUUUUUUAAUUAUUGCGGUUUUUUUCAAUUCUUUUCGAUGGUACCUAAUUAGCUUUGUCGGAUUUUUAUUGCAAUAAUAAUAUUAUAUUAUUUUUGUCCCCCCCCCCCCUGUCGGUAGGAACUCGAGGAUUGUCGCCGGAUCCAAUCGGCCGUCGCUAUUGACUUGGACAAAAUCAGAUGGCAUCUGUACGUGUUGGACAGCGGUGGGUACGAAAUCAACAACUGUCGGCCCAAAAUCAUCGUUUACGACCUGAAGACAUACAAACGAGUGCGUAUAGUUAUUAAUACACGUUAAUUAUUAAUAUAACAUUAGAAAUCAGUAAUGUUUCCAUUUUAUAAUAAUAUAUUAAAGCAACGACCCAUCUGUCACUUUUUUUCAAUAUUUAUCGUAUCUUAUUCUUACUAUUUUUCUUAUCUAUUUAUCUAUUACCUCGGUGUUACUUCGUGAUACGUCAAAUGAAUCGAAUUGUUGGAAGUGGGUGACGGGGGUGAAGAGUUGAUAUUAGUCACACGAUAGGAACGGGAUGACUGUGGCAACGGUACAAUACAUGAUAUUGAUAAGAGAUAAGAUGCAAUGUGUAAGUGAUAAGAGAAAGCGCACGACGAAAGCACGGAAAGGCGUAAAUGGAUUUUAUAUGACAGAUAUGUCAUGUAUCGCUGUGAUAUAAUUCGUCACACGUGCGACUAUUUUUGCAGUAAACCGAAACCCGAUUGGGUUAUCGGCGGAUAAUUACUAGAACUUGUCUGUCUUGCCGGCCGCCACUCCCGGAAUCCUAAUAGUUCUACAGUUCCGUAAUAUUGGGGAUAUAUCCCGAUCGCGUCCCGUUUAACAUUUUCACCUUUUUUUAUAACCCGAGUGGGUCCGCAAUCUUAUCGAUAAAUUAAAUUAAAUUUUCUGAGUUUGUCCACAGUCGUGUAAUAAAUUAUCCGCAGCUGUUGGUACCCGUUUUAUAAUUAAGAUUUGACCAGCGGAGAAACAGAGUUUAAUUUCAAUUUUAAUACUAACUAAGGUAGACCACGGCUGGUAGUCGUGUACUCGUGUAGUCUUCUAGUGAACGAAAAAACAAAGUAGUGCCGAACUAGUUCAAAUUUUUCGACAAAUGUCAUUGCCAGAUAGCAUGUUAAGUCAACACGAUAAGAACGGCAUUUAAACACCAGCAUUUAAUAUGGUACAUUUUUCGUGAAAUUUUAGUACAAUAAAAUUAGUACGCUCGCCCUAAAUGAAUGGGUGUAAAAAAAGUAUACAAAUAGUGAAAUACAAUACAAAAUAUAAAAAAUAAACAUUUUUGGGAUGUCAGCUAGUUCGCCUCCUCAUGAUGCACGCCGUGGGCGCAAUUCUUAAUGAACUCGGACGCAUUCGGGCUACGUUGCAAAAAUUACCUUUUUUUUUUAUCGGGACGCGUCUCGGGAUAUUGAAAAACGGUUAUUUCGGGUUAUUGUAAUAUCAAAUGCACCGACGCAGGUUCGAACGGUGGACCUGGACGGGCUGAACGGAUGGGAACUGUCCGCGCUGGUCGUGGACGCGAGACCGUUCAAAGGCGAGACGAGAGCGUACGCGGGCAACACGCGCGGCGGUUAUCUCGCCGUGAUCGAUCCGGACCGGGGCGUCUGGCAUAGAUUAGCGUUGCAGAGCUGUCCGCCAGUGCCGUCACUCGACCAGGAGCGUCGCCCGCAGAAUUCGGACGGAGUGACGGAAGACCCGGACCAGGUCCUGGGCCCGGGCCGGGACCGGGACGCGGCCAACGAGGGGGACCGGGACGCGGAGCGGACGCCGGAGGAACGCGACGUGCCCGCGGAAUGCGUGGCCGUCUCCCGGUUAUGGUCUUCGGUGUUUUUCACGUCGGCGCGGAGCCACGAUUUGUACUCGGCUUCCUUCAGGGAUCUCCGGAAUUUGACCUCGUACAUCAACGCCGCCGGAGUAAAGGUACGCGAAAAACGGCGUUAAUCAUUCCCGCGACUCGAGUGUACUUAUACGCGGAAUGUCCCGUCGCGCAUUGUGCGCGUUUAAUUGAAAUUUUAUUGUUCAGUGUCGCCGCCGUGUAACACGUUUUAUGUUUUUAAUUUGCGUAUAUUGCCUAUAUUUUAUUGCUCGUCACGACGCGAUCCUCGGGCGGCAUUGGAGAUUCGCGCGGUAGCGGAGGCGAGCGAAUAUUUUACACCCAGUUCGUGGAAAGUGGCGAUCGCCUCCCCGUUACCAUCCGCCCUCCGCGAGUCCGGCACCGUAGCACAGGGCGUAAAAUAUCUAGACACGAAGCUAAAAGACACGCAGAUAACGAUGAAAAAAAGAUAAUAAUUUUAUUUAUUCGUUACUAGAGAUUUGAGCCCGAUCAAUUUGAGUAAUGAUUUUUUUUUUCACCAUUCUUACUAUCGAGAGACCCACUCAUUUCAAACUGUUUUAGAAGCCUAAUAACAUUUUACGUAGACGCUUUUUAGUCCACACAAUAUAUUCAAAUUCCAUUAAUCUUACGUAGUUGCGUUAUUAUGUUCCUAACCUUAUUACAUGUAUUAUUACAAUUCGAAACUGUACCGCUAUUAUUAAUCUGAAAACAGUAUUUUGUAGUUUAUUGUACAAUUUUUAUAUUCUGAGGUUAGGUAUUUAUCGAGAAUUAUUUAAUCAGAAGAAAAACUCUAAGGCACCUGCUGCAUGCUGUUCUUUCUUUAUUUAAUUUAUACUCGUAUGAAUAAAUGCGCAUUAUAUUUAUAAUUUAUGUGUUUAUUUUAUUUCAAACAAAAAUGUAUAUAAUUUUUGAAUCAUUAAUAUAGAUUAAAUAUUCAAUUAUUUUUUUCUAAUAAACACAUAAAUAACGAUUCAAAACGAUUUAUCUAUAUUUCGAUUCGUCGUUUAUCUCGCAUAAUAUAGAUAAUAUGAAAAUAUAGGUACGUAUACUUAGCUAGAUAAAACACAACAUUGUACAGAACUGGAAAAUAGGUCACUUUGUAAAAUUAUAAUUACACAAUUUAUUAUAAUCAAAACCAGUCCUAAACGAUUAAAAAUGUCAAAUUAUAAUUUUCUGUAAACAUUUUCUAUCGAACAUUUCGAAAAACAACGACUGAAAGCGGUACAUUUUAUGCUCUUAAUAAAUGAUAAUAAUGAGAUAAUAUAUUACGGUAUUAUGUUUAAAAAUUAGCUUAAUAUAUAAAUAAAGAAUGACUACCGGCGGAUUUUCGAUACUUUUUCACUAAGAACAACUUACGGUGUAAUCAAAUUGUUCAGCACAUUUACGAAAAUAACGAGCGAGAUAUGAAUAUAUAUAUUUUACGAUUUUUGUCAAAAUCUAAUUUCUAACGCUUAAAAAAAAAAAAAAAUUCGUGACUACAGAUUUUUCGAUAUUUUUCGGUCUUACCCACGCGCACAUAUAUACCUAUAUCAUUUAUAGAGGGUGGAAGAAUGAGCAGGGAAAGUAACUGCGCACACUCAGCUGCUCCCCCGUUGUACCGCCUAAAAAUCGCGAUCCGUUUAACGAGUCGUUAAAUAUUAUUCACAAUGGUUUUUUUUUUUUUUUAUGUCUUCAGUUUUUUUUUUUUACGAUUACUGGUAGGUGAUAUUAUUACAACGCAAAAAAAAAAAAAAGGCAGACAUACUUCGCAUAGCGGGCGGGCCACUGUUGUAGGUGAGAAGUUGGGAAGGUAGGAUACAGAGGGGAAUUUAAUGUGUAUCGAAAAAUGAUUCUGAGCGGGGUUCGGUUAUACACAUUUUAAAAGGCCGUAAUAUUCACGAUUUUCUGUCCAACUUUCAAUUCUCUACUUUCUACGAACAUUUUUAAGUGAAUAACAAACAAAUUAAAAAUAAUAAAACCAUUAUUUCCGUACAUUUUCCGUUUUCCUAUGUUUAUUCCCAAUUUUUUUCAAUUAUUAUGAGAACCGUUCGUAUAUCUAAUUUAAAAAUGACAUUCUUCAAGUAUCAACUGGAUACAAUUUUAUUUCAGAAAAAAUGCUGGACUUGAAACAUCAAAACAAGACUUUUAGAAGUAAUCUUGUACAAAGUAUAAAAAAAAAAAAAAUGUUAAUAAACAUUGUUGUAAAACCAAUACAUUCCUCGUUUCGCUAAAAAUCGAAAAUUAUGCAUAUUUUUGAAGGCCGCGUGUCUCGUUUUAGAUUCCGGGCGUAGUUUCGACAGAUGUGCAGUUUUUUGUUUCUCGGAAAACACUUUUUCGGCGAGCAAAAAAUAUGCUUCGAAACUUUUGCACAUUUUUACGCUUAAAAUUAUUUUAAUACAUUAGGAAUAUUUUAUGUAUAAAAGUAUGAGGAACUUGCAUAAUCGUCGAGGUAAUAAAAACAGGAAAAAACUUGAUUUUUUUUUUUAAAGUAUUCAAAUUAUUUCCCACCGUCGCCGUCACUAUACGAACAAAAUAUAAAUUAUGCAUAAAAACAUAAAAAUCGAUUAUGCAAUUAUUGUUGCGCGAAGAAUGUGCGACGGCGGCGGCUCGAAUUGAAUCAGUUAUGGUUUUUAUGCGUACAAAUAUACAAAUAUACUUUUCGUGACGGUACACAUCACGUACAUGGAAAAAAAAGUGAUAAUUUAAAACAAUCAUUUUAUUUUAUAGAACGGCGACGUGCUUCCGAGGGAAUUACAAGUUUACCGGAACGGCGUAAAGUUAGGAAGUUCAAGUGGCCUGUACGCGGACAUACAGGGUGGACUGAACUACGUGUUCACGAGAGAUUUCGUGGCGGUCAGGUAUGUAUACAUAAUAAUAAUACAAAACUGUAUUUUAAUAUCUUUGUUUUUCAGUUCCGGUCCAUCAAAUAGUUAGGUAUAAUAUUCGUGUAUUAAAUUGCAGUAUUCGUUUCAGAUUUUUUUGUUCCACGGAUAUCGUAUAAAAUAGAAUAGAGUUGUGACAAAAAAAAAAAAAAAAAUAAUAAUAAUUAAUAAUAAAAAUGUAGAUAUUAUUCAUAUUUUUUAGGAUAUACAUUGUACGAGAAUAGACUAGAAUUAUAUGUUCUAAAUAUCAAAUUUUUCAGAAAACAAAAAAACUGGGUUUUCUCGUACAAUAAAAAAAUUUAAAACGUACAAUGUACAAUUUAAGUUGAAAAAUUGAAAACAACCAUCAAAAGCUAAAAUUUAAGUUAUUUUCUAUAUAUUUGUUGAGGUUAAUGGUUGGAACGUGUGAGUUUUGACUCUAAGGUACAGAAAAUGUGACUUUCAUUAGCAGUUAAAAUAGAAUAUGACGAAACAACUUAAUAUGAUGGAUCGAUACGACCAACUUCACAUACGUGAUGUUUUCAUACUACGAAUCAUGCGAUUUUUGAUACAGGUUAAACAGGAUAGAAUAUCAAAAUUCCCAUAGUUCAAUGGAACCAUUGAUGGUUUUGAUACGAACCGUUACAAUUUUCUGUUAAAUUUAAUUCUGUUCUUUUGCGUUUUGUAACACAAAAUGUAGUUGCAGGUCACUGUAAAAUAAAGUCCAUUCAAUUUUCAUAAAAAUCAAUACAACUGAUUUGAAUCUUGAACUGAACUACACUGGGAGUUUAAUUAGGUUUAAUUAUUAUGAAUUUUCAGUUUGUAACAUUACUAUAUAUGCAGUCUAAACGUAGUUUUAAUGUAGUAAACGUUUAUUAUUAUUUGUGUUUUUUAAAGAAUCCGGGAGGAUUAGUCGUAUAGCCGUGUUAGUCGUAUAUUAAACUAAAAAGCCACUUUCGUCUCGACAACCGAUCCAUAUCGACAUGUGUAAAGAAUUAAAAAAAAAAAACAGGUUCGAAUUCCUCGUCGAGUAGUAGUAAUGAUUUUAGUUAGGAUUUACGAUGCAUGUUUGCAGGUUCUUUUAUUUUUUUUCGAGCGGUCCAAGAACGAAAAUCUCGUAGAAUAAAAUAUUAAAUAGAAAUUUGAAUUUUAAUCUACGUGAGAUUGUACCACUACACCGAUAUACGAAUUUAUUUAGCAUAUUUUUACAUGUUUUGUCAUUUCUUCGGCGAAACUUAUUAAUGGGUGCGUAUUCUAUGUGCUUUAUGACUUGAAUUUGUGUGUUGAUGGUCGUGGUUUUGUACGCAUAUUAUCAUUUUUUUAUUUUUAGGGGAUAUUCAGUCUCUAUAAGACCGUCUCACAACCAAUUUUCCUCCACUAUCCAUUGCCAAAAUUUUACAAUUCCCGUUCUAUUCUCAGCCUAUCCAAAGUUGUUUUGCCGUUUGGGCUUUGCUCUAGCACUAUGCAAAGUAGUAAAUUUCGGCUCCAAGUUACAAACAUGUCCAGCCCAUCGCAGUUUAACGGACGCAUAGUGUUAUAAUAUCAAUAGUUUCGUAUUUUAAACAAAAACAUUUUUUUUACUCGAAUAUCUCUGCAAUAUAUUAUACAAACCAUUAGAAACAAAUGCAAUGUCGAUAAUACUAAUAUAGUAUACUUCUUCAGUCUUCUUUAUCUCUUGACAAACUUAUUCUUUAUAAUAACACCACAAUAUCAUGCAACUUAUCCCUGUCCCGUACAAGUUUAUUGUAAUAUUUUAUGUUCAUUGCUCCCUUAGUUGGCUACGCAAUUGUUUAACUCACAAUCAAAACGAAACUACUUAACAAUAUUAUAAUACGUACUAUAGGCACUCGAAACAAAAUACUCGAGAAAUUAAUUUAUUCAAUGAAUAUUUUAAAAAACAUUAGGUAAAAAACUAAAAAGACAUAAAUAUUAAUUUGAAAGAGGUUUUUUCUCGGGUAAAUCCGAGAUGACAAUUACUUAUUAAAAGCGACUUUGAUAAAAAACGGUGUACGAGUUUGACACGGAGGUUCGGGCCGCAGCCAUAUAUGCGCGCGCGUUUUUCUCCAGGGGAUAAUUAUCGACCCCGGUCCCCGUCCCUCAUUUCCCGAAUACGCGCCGAAAUAAUAUUAUCAAACGAGUUUUAUUAAAUUUAUAUCUUCGAUAUUAAUAAUAUUUUAAUAUAAUUGUAUAAUAUAUAUAUAUAUAUUUAUAUAUACCGACUUUGUCGCGCGUAGGUCGAGUCCGGGCGUGGGAAGCGAUGUGGCCGAGAAUCACCGAGUGCUGCUACAAUCGUGCGACCUGUUACCUGAGGUCACGAAAAUUUUCACGGACAACGCCAAUUAUUUGCAGGUCUGGGCGCUGAACGCCGUGCCGAACGGCGAAAAUCGCCAUUCGGUCAAAAUCAAUAAGCUCAAUAAGUUUUAAAAGAAAAAAAAAAUGUCCACAGACAAAUCGUAUAAUAAUAAUAAAUGGAUCUGGGCUAAAUCGCACGCGGCCAGUUUUAAAAUAAUUUUUUUUUUACAGGCUUACCUUUUUCUUUUUUUGUCUUUUCCUCUUUCGUCACCUUUGUUACACGCUGCGGAAAGAGUAUAGUUUCGUCUUACUACGAUGCACUGAGGAAUUGUUGAGCACAUUCAGCUAACAAAAGUACUCACCGCUCGCCUUUUUUCCAUUUUAAACUUCUGUGUGUCACUCCUGUGAUGUUUCCCUUCAAUCCUCUAACCAAAUUUAAUAUUUUACUAGCCACACAUUCUCCCGUAUACAUAAUUCUUUUAUUCUUUUCCACUUUUCGACUCGAUUUAUAAUUUAUAGACCUCCUUUCCAACGACCUUCGUUACUUCUUUCAAGACACCAAAAACCACCCCAAAGAACAAAAAAUUGAUCCCUUAAAUUAUACUUUAAUUGUAUAUCUACUUAUAAUUAAGACCUUAAAUUAGAAUUAUUUUUUUUAUUGUAACCUUAUUGACGUACUCGUUUAUAUAUUAUAACAUAAUUAAUAUAAUAGCCGUGAUUCAUCUAUAA